CUCCCUUUGAUCUCCCCCGGUGGUCCCGGGGCCCUUUGCCAAGCCGGCUACGCCCGCGGCGCCCGGGAGAGGGCAGCCGUUCGCGGCGAGCCUUCGCCGGCGUCCUCUUGCUCCCUCUCCCUGCCGCGCAGAGCUGCCGUCGGCGCGGAGAUGCUGCGGCGCCCGGAGAGGCUCGCCAGGGAGGCGGGCCGUUUCCUCGCGCCUCGUGGGCCGUCUCCGUGCGCUCAGCGCCGCCGCCGCCUGCGGCCCAGACCCAGCCGCUUGGGGAGCCUCCUUUGCCGCCAGUCCCCGACACGGAAGGAGGCAGUUCCCGCUGUGGGUGUCUCUCCUGCCCUUCUCCGGGACCUACACAAAGGAAGGAGGCGGAGAGUUGCGCAACGCCGCCCAGAACGAGCGAGGCGCUCGGCUGCUUCCAUUCCCGCUCGGGAGCGCCAUGAGCGAGCCGCCUCGCCGUCCUCCGAGGUUUCCAAAGCCGGACGAAUAUGGGAAUGCCGUCGCCGUCGUGGGAUCCCAGCAGGCGCAAUGAUCUUCUGGGGGAAGCUGGAGGAUGACCGAGCGCUAGUAAGGAAAGCCGCGCUUCUUUCGCUUGCCUGUUUGCGCCCAAGGGACUCCCUCGGGAACCCCUUGAAUUCCGGCCCCAUUUACCUGGGGGGUGGCUACAAGACCCACUGAAUUCGACCUAGUUGGGAUGGCGCUGCAAAGUUGUAGUCCUGGACGCACUUGCUCAAUUGCACACGCUGGGGGUUAUUUGCGCGGGAUUGCGCUGCGCGGGAUUUAGGCUGGUUGCAAUCCUUGUGUGGGCGUCGACCUCCUUUGCACUCCGCGUGCUGUUACUGCGGCGUCCACUUCUUUGGACUAGAGGCCACUUCAGCUUGUGCAAGGGUUGUAAGAUACUAGCACGCACAGCUUCUGCAAAGUAUGUUCUUUGCAAAAUGUGCCGUACUUAGUCUGGAACAUAGCAAGCUGACGCAAGCCAGACUUUUCCAGCUCAGUGUUUUCUACCCGACUGGCGGCAGCUUUUGCCUUUAAAACGCUGGAGAGAACAAGUGAGAUGUUAUAUUUGACUGGAUCAGCUAGUCGGGAAUGCGGGCGAGCUUUCUAAACACCUUAUCCCAAUUUGUGCAGCCUGCUCCAAGGGAGCUUCAUUCGGAAGUUCAGUGGGGCUUGCUAAAUGUGAGCAGUAUUGGUACCCCAACUUGUGCUUCAUCCCUUGGAGGUGAGGCUAAGUAAUUACCCUAGGAUUCACCCCCCAAGUAAGUCUGCCUAGGAUUUUGGCUUUGGUGCAGUGAUGCUCUGCAGCUUGCAGAAUUGGAACCCGUAUAUAUUGUUGACUAAACAAGGAAACAGUUGCUAGUUUACAAGCCCUGCAUGUUCUUUAGGCCAUGGUUGGUCUUCAGCAACAUUUAAGCUGAAUAAGUUCUUACAUGUUCAGUUUGGGCUGUUACUCAGCUGCCUGAACUGUUCUGAGAACAAAGGAAUGCCAGGACUGUGCAUUUCAUUAUUAACCAUUCCCUUGGUGAUGGGCACUUCCACGUUUGUGGUACAGCUUUGGAAAUUAGAAAGGGGAAUGCUGUGUGUUGGGGCCAGGCCUGCAUUUCAGCUUUGGGCUGCAGUAUUCUGGGAGUCAACAAGAGCAGCCUUCCCCAACCUUGUGCCCUCCAGAUGUUUUUGGCCACAACUGGGGCUAAUGAGAGAAGAAUUAGGGAACAAAUCAUAGCAACACUUAACCUUCAAAGUGCUCGCAACAACCCUGCAUAGUAAGUCAGCAGUAUUUCAUAUGCCAGACAAGGUUUCUGAGAGGUGAUGGUCUAUCUGUUGAGGUUAGAUUUGAAUCAGGCAUUUCCUAAUUCACAUAUCAUGCUUUGCUUUACUCUUAUCAUGCUGAAGAACAGCAAAUGCUACAGCUCUUGGGCUCUCCUCAAACUAUGUUUCAGAAACUGCUGGAGAGAAUUGCAAGCCAUCUACAAGUGGGAGGAGGUUGUGAAUGUUGGGACUCUGCAGUCAUGUGAAGGCUGAGCUUUCUCUCUCCCCUGAGCAGGGACUUGGGGGGUAGAACAGGGGUGGAAAACCCUGCAGGCAAUAUCAACCCAGGCAACAUGGCUGAUAGUCGGGCAUGAUGGGAGCUGGAGUCUUAAUGACAUCUGGAGAUCUGAAAGCCCCACCUCCAAGGUGGAGAAAGGAGUUAUUCAGCUGCAGAUGCAUUUGGUCCAGCUACCAGGCUAAAGUGACAAGGAGGCAUCGGGUAGCAGUCUUGGAAAGAUCUUGGGAUUUCAUUGCACUAAUUCUUGAGCACAGCAGCAGGAUACACACUGCUGUUCAUGAGAGCCUGGAUGUGACAGUUGGGGAACCUAUGGCUGGAUUCCAGUUCCCAUCAGCCCCAGCCAAUGUGGGCCAACGGUCUGUCAUGAUGGGAUUUGUAGUCCCUUUGUCACCUGAAGGGCCACAGGUUGCCCAUUCCUGCUCCACACACCAAACAUACGUCAGAGCACUUGGACAAGGAUCCUUGCACUUAAUUUUUGGCACAGUUAAUAUAUUUCCUAAUCUUGAACACUUUGCACAGGUGUUGUCAUGGUGGUGUCGAAUGGGCACAACAAUUGGUAUAAUCCAAUUUUAAGUGCUUAUUUAAAGCUGUUGCCUUGGAUAUUAGGAUCAGGCAAUGAAGAAUCUGAUAGUACUCCAUUUUGAGUUGGAUCAUAGACAUAAGAAUUUGUUCUAGAAAUUGCAUGCCAUGCCGAAUAAUGUAUUGGAGCCAUAUCCAGUUUUGGUUAGGUUGUUAAGGCCAGGCCAUGAUAUUUUAGAAACUUUAGAAGUUGCAUAGAAGGGAGAAUUGCACAAGGUGCAACUGCUAUCACUGCAACAUGGUCACAGGGGCAGGGAUGGGUGUUGUGGCAAAUCACACUGGGUUCCUUAAGACCUCCCAAUUCUCACAGAUGACCUAGCAUUUUAACUGGAACACAGGCAGACUGUACCAUGUGGUUUAUCAGCAAAGUGGGAGAACUCUUUGCUCUCAGAUCCUGUUGCUUGAAUCCUAAGUUCCAGCUAGAAGGCAAUACUUGUGGUGUGGUUUGGAACCUCACUCUGCCAUGGACGCUUGUCAGUUUGUGUGUGUUUCACAAAGCCAAUUUUCUGGGGGGCAUUUCCUAUGGCAUUUCCUGUGAGAACUUAGCCUUUGUAUUUAAAUGUGUUGAGAACAUUGGGAACUUGGAGUUAUAACAGAAACUACCAGAACUACUUCUGCUAUUUGUUUAAGAUGGCUUUAAGGGUGGGGGACCUGUAGCCCUCCAGACAUUGGCAUGACUAAUGGUCACUGUUGAUGGGAGAUGACAUUCAACAACAUCUGGAGGGUCAUAGGGUUCACACCCUUAAAGAGGAGCAUAUAGUUUAUACAGCGUUUGGGGUUAAAGGUUGCUUCUGAGCAAGUGGCCUCCUUUUCAUGAAACACACAAUGAAAAUGGUCCACUUGUUGCAAAAGGAACAUCUGUCGGAAGUUUAUUACUUUAUGAACUUAAAACUAUUUCCCGUCCUUUCCAAAAGUAGCUGGCGUUUAUUCAAGCAAUAGGAAAGAAUCCUAAGCUCAAGAGGCUUCUUUGUAGAAGUAGGGGAGCAGAAUGUGAAGGGAAACUGUCCCAUUACGGAAAAGACAGAUGACUCUUUUUGCAAGGGGGUCCAGAUGUAAUGCAAUGCCAGUGGAGGCCUGUUAAUGUAUUGCUCCCUUCCCUCUGCUUACGAGCUCUUUGACUUUUACUAAAACAUGUGCCAUUAACAAAUAAUCAAUAACACAAUUGCAAUCUAUAAAACACUAUUAACAAAAGAGCAACAGAAACAUAAGCUUUACAGCACAAUUACAACAAUAAUCUUAUUAUUUGGUUCCUAUUCCCUUUUCCUUUACUUUUAAAAAAAAUGAAGGCAGGGAUAAGACUUUCACGCUGACACAAUUCUCAGGCAAACAAGUUGUAAUCCCAGUUAAUACCUGUCUUUGCUGAACAUAGCUGGCAUAUUUGUUGCAGGGACAGGCCAGAGUAAGGGGCUGUAGAUACUUUUUAUUGGACUCAUUUCUGUGAGCAGGCUGGUUGCCUUUCUGCACCACUCUCCCACAAACUAUUCUGGUGCCCACUUCUAGCCCAGGGGUAGGCAACCUAAGGCCCGGGGGCCAGAUGUGGCCCAAUCACCUUCUCAAUCCGGCCCGCGGACGGUCUGGGAAUCAGCGUGUUUUUACAUGAGUAGAAUGUGUGCUUUUAUUUAAAAUGCAUCUCUGGGUUAUUUGUGGGGCAUAGGAAUUUGUUCAUUCCCCCCCCCCCAAAAAAAAAUAGUCUGGCCCACCACAAGGUCUGAGGGACAGUGGACCGGCCCCCUGCUGAAAAAGGUUGCUGACCCCUGUUCUAGCCCAAGGGUGGGGAAGCUGUGGCCCCUUCUGAUGUUGCUGGACUCCCAACCCCCAUCAGCCCCAGCAAACAUGACCAAUGGGCAGGGAUGAUGGGAUGUGCAGUCCAGGAACAUCUGAGGGGGCACAGCUGCCCAAGCUCUGUUCUAGCCCUUCGAAGUAUGUUUUUGACCAUUUUAGCUCCCUGACUACAGCCCCUCCUUGGCCCCAGGGAAUAUGGUAAUAUAAAAAAUCGUGGGCACCACAAAAUACCCAUUUCACAGUAGAAAAUUGGUGAUACUCAGCCUCUCACAGACAAAAGGCAGAACACCCACACCAGCCCAAGCAAAUAGUAGACCAAAAAAUAAAAAUAAAAGAGCAGGCAGUCCCUCCCCAACUAAACAAAAGCAAAAUAAUUUAAAAAUACAUAUUGGGAGGGGCAGGGGAAAUUGGCAGGUGACAAAGGAGGGGAUUGAGUGGUGUUCAGCUAAGCUGUACUCAGAGUAGACUACUUCAGUGGGUCUACUCUGAGUAAAGCUGAAUUGAAUACUGUGUUGCCUUUGGUACCACGAUGGGAACCUUAGCUUUCCCCUCUUAUAUCUCCUAUUUUCAGCUCAUCUGCAUCUGGAUCUUCUUUCUCCACUCUUGCCCAACCUUUUCCCUCCCUUUAAGGUUGUAAUCCUACGUUCUCUGUUCCUUGGGUGUAAGUUCCAUUGAGCUCAGUGGAAUUUAGAUCUCACGCUACAUAGGUGACUUGAAGUCCCACUUCCUUUAAAAAUCUUUCCAGUGGAAUAUCCUGGGAAAUGAAGCAUGCAUAACAUAAAAAAAUAAAAUAGUGGCUUAAUGUACAUAUAUUAUUUGUACAACAUUCUAAUUUGGCAAGACUUCUGCAAACCACUUAUACGAUUUCAAAGUAAAAGCAGCACUGUACUUUAAUUUGGAUCUCUCUCUUUACUGACUUGGUUCAAAUCUAAAUAACUGCUCUUGUCCCUGUGUGUUCCUAAAGCAUUUUCUUUGAACCUGCUGAGAAAUAGUACCUGGAACAUGCCCAGAGGCAUUAAUUCUUCUGCAUAUAUUCUUGAGUAGGUCCAUGGUUCUGAAAACAAAUUCCAGUUCUAAGCCCUGAUGAGAUUUCACUGAACUUAUCUUGCACUUUGGUUGUGCCCAGAGGAUUUUCCUCCCUUUCUAUUUCAUGAGUUCUACUGCUUCCUGGUGUUGAUUUUAAAAUAUGUUUCUUCCAGGGCUUGAUUCCCUUGAACUACUUUAAUUAUCUUAAUAUGUGGGGCUUGGCUGCCAGUUUAAGCAUGGGAAAAGUGGGCUGCAGUCCCCUUUUUUCUACCAUGAGAGCUGCUUCCAGCAACUCGGUGUAUCUUUUCCUUGUAUAAAAAUGACCAAAAUAUGAACCUGGAGAACAGAGUGUUACUGAAUGGAAAAGUGGACAUUUUUGUUUACAUCAAGGGGUUUGGGGAACUGGAUUCAUCAUCUACUUGGCAUGUAAAGCAUGCAUCUGGAUCAGCAAAGCAUGUAUAUUUUUAGCAACCUAUUACAUUCAUGCUUUUUGCCAAGUUUUUGAGCUGGUUUGUAGUACUGGAGGCAACUAGUCUUUUUCGGCCUACGCAGUGGAAUUGAGUCUCCUGGCACUCUCUGCAGCAGAGAGACACUAAUCUGCUGUGGAGCUAUUGCGAUGGACAAUAUCAGUUGUCCUUCAAACUCAGAACAAUUGUUUGGGAGCAAUGGUUCUUCCCCACCCAAAGUCAUGAACCAUAAGAUGCUCUCUUUUACUGAGUCAACCCACUGGUUCGUUUAGCUCAGUAUUGUCUGCACUGAUUGACAGUGACUUUCAGAGGGGUCUUUACCAAUUAGCCUACCUGGAGUUGCCUGAGAUCCUCUUGCAUGGAGAUCAGGUGCUCUGCCAUUGAGCUGCAGUUCUCCACUAAAUGAAGCAGCUUGGUUUUCAUUCCCCAACAGCCACAGAAGACACAUCCGAGAGAUCUGGUUCUUCUUGGAAACAGAAAUAGGUGCAAGUCUUAAAAGUGGGGAGCAAACGGGCUUCUUUCAAGUAGCUCAAGCCAUUAAUCCAUCCUAUUCAAGAGUUGCCUUCUAGGUGAUUUUAACUGCCUGUUGCAGAUAUUCUCCCUCCUGUUUUCCUCAAUGUGGUGGAUAUGUAACGAAGGAGAAUUAUGGGGUGAGGGGUGACACUGAAUGUGGUUGGAUCAUUCAGUCACUUCUGAAGUUUUAGUAGUAUUACCUGUGUUGCUUUUGUUAAGAGGAGACUGCCUCUUAUAUGUCUGCAUGAAUCACUGUUUUGAACUUGCCUCUUUCCAGGCAGGAGGCAUGCCCAGAUCAGUGACUCAUGUAAAAGUGCAGGUGUUAGGAAGAUAGGAAUCUGUUUUAUACCGGGGCUGAGUAUUUGACCACUUAGCUCAGUAUAAUCUAGUCUCACCGGCAGAAGUCUUUCCCAUCACCUUUUUGCUACGUUUUAACUGGAGAUGCCAGGGAUGGAAUGGGAGACCUUCCCUGCCACUGAGCUUUGGCAGCUCCCUUAAUGCUUUGGCUCCUCUGAGAGCAGGUAAGUCUUGCUCUUCAGUAUGAACACAUUUAUUUUUAGAGUAUGUUAAGUGCGCCUCUGAUUUUAAUUCAGAAAAUAAGUGUGCCAGCUGUCUGAAGCUUGGGAAGUGCUGAGAGCCAGAAUUCUGGAGAAGGAAGGGAAUAUUUGGACCACCAUAUAUUUCAGUAGUUAAAAAGAGGUGCUGGUCCUUCGACCUGACUCAAACUUACAUCUGACCUGAAGAUCCUGCUUCUUAACCCUCGAUGGGUGACAUGGCUAUAGCCAUUCCAAUACAAGGGAAAGUUGUUUUGCCUAAGCUCAGAGACACACUCUUCUUUAUUACUGCAGAUGUGGCAGAAUUAAGGGCUGGUGGCAAGAAUAUUCAGACAUCCUCCCAUUUAUGUGGGGGUUAUGUUCCAGGCCCCACGCCAUAAGUGAAAUUGUAUACAGUGUGGAGCCUCUAAAAAGCCUAUAGAUUCCUAUUCUUUCCAGUUCUCUCUCCACACAACUCUCCCUUCAACUACGGUCAAAGCUCUAGGGCCGGCUGGAGGCUGAAGAGCGCCUAGGAAAGCGGCUGUUUCUGCUGCGUUACCCUGUGCAUCAGCUGCUAGGCGGGGAGGCUGAGCAGCCUAAACUAAGCCCUACUGCACCUCUGGUCUCUUUGGGGCCGCUUCUACCCUCACUGAAGUCCUCUUUGGGCUCUGGGGGGGGGGGUGUCUCUUUUUGAGCUACAAGGACUCUCCAUCUCCUGCCGUUUCUUGGUUUGAAUCCAUUUGAUUAUUUAUUUCCUUGCACUGUUCGUAUAUGUGGUUGCACGCGAGUAGAACGUGCAUAAGUGUGUGUGUGGGGGUGCCUGUAGUGUUUUCCUUUUUGACAGUCAAAUAGUGAUACAAUGUGCUGGUAUCAAUAUUAAUGCUAUAAAAGAAUAAUUAAUAAAUGCUAUAAUAUGUUAAUUAUCAAAAAGAUAGAUGUUAAAGUGAUAUACAGUGGUACCUUGGGUUACAUACGCUUCAGGUUACAUAUGGUUCAGGUUACAGACUCCGCUAACCCAGAAAUAGUACCCCAGGUUAAGAACUUUGCUUCAGGAUGAGAACAGAAAUCGUGCUCUGGCGGCGUGGCAGCAGGUGGUGCUUCAGGUCAAGAACAGUUUCAGGUUAAGAACAGACCUCCGGAACGAAUUAAGUACUUAACUUGAGGUACCACUGUACAAUCCUGCAAGCUUAAAUAUUCUUACCAGAAAUAAAUAAAUGAAUGAAUUUAUGACAGAGUAUAUCCACUUCAAUACCCACCCACAUGCACACACCCACAAGCUGAAUCUCAGAGGGAAUUACUUGGUGUCUAGGAAAACGCUGCGCAUGCUUUGUGCAGCAAAGUUAAAAUGCCUUUGGUUGCAAUCGUAAUACAGUAAGGCUACUUACGUCCCACUGGCUGAAGUCAGUGCAAUUAAAAUAGCCUAACUUGUGAGCAGCACUGCAGUCUUUGUGAAUAGUAAAGUUCAUGGAAGUCCACAUUUCCUUUGAGGUAGGGUGGGAUGUAGAUGCAGUUGUGUAUUCAAAGAUUCUGCUUCAUUUAUGUAUGUAUGCAGAGGGUUUCAGGAAACAAUACCAAAAUACAUCCUAAUUGCUACACUUUCUCUUACAGUUCAGAUUUUACAUUUGAAUAGCUUCCCAUGAAGAAGCUGAUCAAAAGGUUACGGUGUCUAAACUUAGACAGACUCAAGUUUAAAGGACCUAAUUAGGGAGUUGGAUGAUAAAUAGCUUCAUGACCUCACGCAGGCAAGAUACGGUUAUGUAACUUUUGGACACAGGUUUGUGACCAGUCAUAUCUAAUGCCUUGGAUAGACCAAUAGACCAGUUUGUCAGCAAUCCUUUGUCCAUUGGAAGAAUAUCUUUCCUUAUGCACAACUGCUAAAGUAAUUGGAGAAUCCCCGGGAGAGUCAUUUUGAUUCUGACACUUCUGGAGUUUGGUGGUAGAUUUUAAAAAUGGCAGAGUCUACACCCUCUCCCAGCAUGUCAUUGGAAGCCUCCUCUUGGAUCUCUCAGGCAUUGGGGAGCAGCUGGCUGCAGACCUUUCUGCAACCUUCCGCUCUGUAGUAACUUGGAGCAGGGCUUUUAGUGGGGCUGCCCUCGUUCCGUGGAAUAGCCUUUCUGCCAAGAUAGGGCAGGCACACAAUCCCUGUGCUUUCCAGAAACAGUUGAAGGCAUUUUUGUUGUGACAGGCUUUCCCAGCUGAAUAAAUGGGUCUUUACAAGAAAUGCCAACUUUUUAGGGUUUUACUCUUGUUUUAAAUGUGUUCAUUGUUUUUGUGUUUUCAACUGUUUUUAUCUUAUGUAAAAAAAAUGCCUUGAGACAGUGGUUUGGAAGAUAGUUAAUAAGGUAAUAAUAACCUUGCAUAGGUGAGAUCCAACAUCAUGCCACACACACUGAGAAUGGGUCUCUCUCUGUGUGUCCUCUGGGAGGCAAUCUGGUAGAUCCCAUGGCUUUAAAUGAUCCCCCCAAAGCUGGAAGAACUGAUUGGUCUUUGUCUGGCAUUGAAAGGACAACAGUGAAGGCUCCAAAAUCCAGACUAGUCACCCUGGGCAGAGCAUUCCUGAGGUGAGGCACCAUAACUGAAAAGGCCCUUUCCAAGGUUGGCACACACUGUUUGCCACAUCUGGAAAGCUUCCUUGCCAGCAUUGGAUGUGCUAUCAAAGGCUCACCACUGGCAAGGAAAGCCUUCAUACACUCAUGAGCAGGGGAGGAAGAAGCAGAGUCACACUUGCUAGCCAUGAUACAUAAAGGUAAAGGUAAAGGUACCCCUGCCCGUAUGGGCCAGUCUUGCCAGACUCUAGGGUUGUGCGCUCAUCUCACUCUAUAGGCCGGGAGCCAGCGCUGUCCGCAGACACUUCCUGGUCACGUGGCCAGCGUGACAAGCUGCAUCUGGCGAGCCAGCGCAGCACACGGAACGCCGUUUACCUUCCCGCUGGUAAGCGGUCCCUAUUUAUCUACUUGCACCCGGGGGUGCUUUCGAACUGCUAGGUUGGCAGGCGCUGGGACCGAACGACGGGAGCGCACCCCGCCGCGGGGAUUCGAACCACCGACCAUGCGAUCGGCAAGUCCUAGGCGCUGAGGUUUUACCCACAGCGCCACCCGCAUCCCAGCCAUGAUACAUACACCAGCACAUUUGGCAAGUGCGAGAAGGGACCUACAUUUAUUUUGUGCUGGUGUAAUUGCACUUUGAUGUGAGGUGGAAUGGUGGUCCAAUCCCACCUUUAAUGGAAAAACACCAGAUAUGGGCAUAGCACUGAAUGCAUGGGUGGCAGGGGUGGGUUUGAUGUGUGUGUUGAUGGCAGGAGGAUGGGGUUAUAUCUUGCAGCCCCGCAGCCCUAUCAUCCAUUGUUUCUUAGCCAUGAAAAGAUUCAUCUCAAACCCCCAUAUUGAGAAGGAAUAUGCUCCAAUUGGAGCAAGACGUUACAGAGAAGAGGUGGAAACAGUCCAUAAGAAAGCGCCUGGAUACAGAUAUGGCCUUCUGUACUACACAUUGUCUUAGGUGUGGCGAGAUUACAUUACAAAAGUCUCAGGUCCCGUGACUUGUUUGAUGUUAGUGGUUGCGUGGUGAAGCCUUGAGCUCUAGUUUAUGGUGCAGUGACCAGUCUCUUGCAUGCUGUAACUCAGGUUAAGAUUGCAGCUCAGCACGCUCUGGUUCAGCUUCUGAAUUUCUCCCCUGGUGCCUUGAGAUGUGUCACAGCAUUAGGAAGAUCAGUCAAUGUUCUGAAAGGGCAGCUUGUAAUAGCACUAUGAUCAUAUCAAAAACCUUGUGUUAACCAGCCACAUAGUAGUGUCACCCUAACCCUCUAAAAAAAUCAAAUUUCUCUACUCAAAUCUCCCAUUUCCUUCUGAUUCCAGGCAGGUGAUGACCACAUUUCCAGCAAUGUGUAUUUGUUUUGUAUUACCAGUUGUAACAGCUGCUUUUAAAAAUAAGUUGUUGAUUCUUCCCAUUGGAUUUGCUUUUAUUUACUUUUAAAAAAACCAACAACAUUGUUUGCAAAUAGUUUUAUUAAUGCUAUGGGCCAUUUGGGGGUUUCAUUGUGAAGAGCUGGAACCUGGGAAAUAAUCAUCACUUGAGCUAUCAGCUGAUUACAUUCACAUAUUAGUUAUUCCAGCUAAAUUGAAUUAUGUGUUAAGCACAGGCUUCCCUAUUACUGUUUUACACAGCUGAAUUAAUAAGAAAUCAAUGGUGUGUGUAGUAGUUAGUGCGUCAGUCUAGAAAUGGAAACUGUUAAAGAAAGAUGGACAGACAGACAGACCAAAAGUCAAAUCAACUUUCAGCCAUGAAGUUUACUGGGUGGCCAUGGGCCAGCCAUUAUUUCACAACCUAACUCACUUCACAGAGUUGUUGUACAAAUGAAAUAAGUGCCACCAUGAGCUUCUGAGAGGAAAGAUGGAAAAACAAAUAAUUAUAAGAUCCCCAAUUCCUGUAAACAAUGUGUUAUUUAGUAAUUCAUCAAGCCAAUGGCUUCCAAUGUAUGAUAGACUGUUCUGGUGAAGUCUUUUCCUGUCUUAGCAUACUUUACAGUUUUCAGCAAGAACUGUUUGUACCAGCCUUAAAAAAAAAGGGGGGGGGGGAAGCUGCCCUUGCUCCUAAACUUUUAAGAGCAUCCCUGCUGUGCAGAAAUUUGCCAGCCUUUCUGACAUGUUGACAAAAUGACUAGAGAAGCUUAGAAUUGGAGAGUUGGAAGGGACCCCAAGGCUCAUCUAUUCCAACCCCUUGCAAUGCAGGAAUCAUGACUAAAUAAUCCCUGACAGAUGGUCAUCAAACAUCUGUUUAAAAACCUCCAAUAAGAACCCACCACCUCAUUCUAGUCUUACCCUGCCUCCUUCAGUGGAUUAAUAGAUCUGUGAGCUGCUAUCAUUUUAAUUACCCACAAUACUCUGAAGCUAUGUUACAUUGGGGGUAUUGUGGUUAAUUAAAAUGGCAGUCCCCACCAGAUUCUGCCCACCACCAUAAACUGCUGAUUCCUGCCACCAGCAGGUAAGGCUGUUCAGAGCUAGUGCAGUCGUACCUUGGAAGUCAAACAGAAUCUGUUCCAGAAGUCCGUUCGACUUUCAAAACGUUUGGAAACAAAAGUGUGGCUUCUGAUUGGCUGCAGGAAGCUCCUGCAGCCAAUCGGAAGCCAUGGAAGCCCCAUCGGACAUUUGACUUCCAAAAAUAGUUCGCAAACCGGAACAGUCACUUCCAGGUUUGCAGUGUUUGGGAGCCAAAACGUUUUGAGAACUAAGCUGUUCGAAAACCAAGGUACAACUGUGUAGUAAUUUAUCUAUUACUUAAAAGCGCAGCUGGCUCAGGUCUUUCAUACUGGAAAGUCUCAUAGAUACUAGAUGAUGUGUGAAUGUAAGAUGCAUGUUUGCUGGCAACAUUCAUGCUGUGAAAAUAGGAACACGCCAAUUCAAGCAUGUCAGUUCAAUAUACUUUAAAAGCAAGGAUAGCCAAAACCUUGACCAGCUUCAGUUUGUAUUGUGUAAAUUGGCAAUUGCUUUUGAGUUGAGCUUAAUCCUAUGUGUUGUGCCCUAUGCUGAGAGACAGUAUGGUGAAAUGAUGGACCUGUGAGUGGGGAAACCCGUGUUCACACACCUGCUCAGCCAUAAGCCACACCAGGUGAUCCACAACCAGUUACCAUCUCUCAGCCUUAGCUACUUUACAAGAUUGUACACAUGCUGCCAACAGCAGCUUAUUAUUGUGUAAUUAUUAUUAAAAGGAAAAAUGUAGUGAUGUGGUGGAUAGACACUGACGUUGGUAACAUGUUUUGGCAUUUAUGACAUAAUGUCUUGAGUGUGUCUGGGGCCUGAUAAUGUCACAUGACCUUACCUGUCAGCAAAAUGUACACAACUAAUAGCCAUUAUAUAAGAAGACAAGAUACACUAUAAUAGAUAAUAACAUUUCAAGACAGGAAGUGGAGACGAAUGCAUUAGCUGGCAGAAGCAAGAAGGGAAGAAUCCUAAGCAUGUUUCUGACCUUAUGAUACCAUGACUUAAAUACUCCAAGAAUAGCAAUGACUUAAUGGCACCAAAGUCAACUAGGAUCUGACAUAGAGAUUGUGAGCUGACAGUGCUGAGACAGAAAUACCUUCCUCCCUGUCAAGUUUUUUUGCCUAGCUGUUAAAACUCUGCAGGCCUGAUAAUAAUAGGCUUCAGAAACGAAUGUGCUAUAUCAAAAACCACUGAAUUAGGGAAAGACUUAAGAGAAUAAAUAUACAUAAAGUUGGAACCUGCAACAAACAUUUCUUUUAUUACAUCUAUAUCCUCCCCUUCCAUUGUGGAACCCAAGGUGGCACAGAUGUGGGUCCCAGGUGGUCACCGACCAGGCUAGUUUUAGCUUCAGCAAGUUGGUGGCCUCAUGUGUCUCCUGACCAUCUCCUGUAAAACGUUGCAGUGUGGUAUUCCUGCUCAGGGUUCCAGCCUGCCAGCCAUGCUUUCUGCCAGUACCUAUAUUCUAUUCCACUCACCACUUCCCUAUGUUUUCAUUUUCUCCCCCCUGCUGUCAGCGUUGCAUUGCCACUGAAUAUGGUCACUCCUCAUUGGGCUGUUUUGGGGUCUGCCCUGAGGUUCUUUUUUAAAGUUGUUUUUAUACUAAAGCAAACCCUGAGGUUCCUUCAAGCAUUCCCUCUUUGGCCUGGAUGGUGCCAUUUUGGCUAUCUAAGGAUCCAGCCGCCAAGGAACUUGCUAAAGAGAUGGAAUGAUGAUUCUAAUUUGAAAGCCAAUGUGGUUAAUAGGGGCUGGAAUGUUGGGCAUAGUCCAUAAAGUACUGGAGUUGAAUCGUCACUCAUACUGAGUAAUCUUAGGCCAGACACAUUCCUUCAAUCCAACCUCUCCCAUUGGGCUUUUGUGAAAAUAAGAAAGGUAGGUGCCGUAUCACCUAGACUCCUUGAAAGAAUGUUUUUUUUUUUUAUUAAAAAAUGGCAGCUAUAGUUUCAUAUAUCAAGGCAGUAAUGAUUCUAUGGUGCUCACAAACUGCUUAUUUUUCACAAAGGGAUUUAUAUGCUGGAUUGCUAUGACAAAACUUUAACAAGAAGUUUUUUUCAUGAGGGAAUUUAUACUGGCAUACAGUUGCAUUGUACACAGCCUUCCAGUUAACUGCUGGCUCACUCAUCUACACUAAGUACUGUUCUUUCUGAGAGAGUAACAUGUCACACCCCACUGCACGAGCCAAAUGGUGACAGAUAGGAAGCAUGACAGCAGAUGUGCUGAUGGGGUGGUAGAGUUUUUUCAACUAGCAUGCCUGCCUGAUAUAAUUCAUAUGUACUGUCAGGUGAGCCCUGUGUAGAGGUUUGAAAGCUGCUUACCUUUCAUGGCAAUGGGCAUCUGGAUCUUCCUCCUUUCCCAGAAGCCAUUCCCCAACUCAGCUCAACAGGAGAUGGGUUUGCAGCAUCCCUCUAGACACAGACCAUUUCCCCUGUGGUUUGAUAGGUGGGGUUUCCUCUUUUCCUUUACCCAUCCUCUCUCUUCUAAAAGAAGUCUUUCCAGUUGGAGGAUGUUUUGGUAUGACCACAACUUCUGCUUUCAUCAUGUCCCUUCUGAUGCCUUUCUUAAACUAAUAUCCUCCAGAUGUUUUGGAUUCCCAACUCCCAUCAGCCGUAGCCAGUAUGUCUGGUGGUCAGGGAUAAUGGAAAUGGUAGUCCCAAACAUUUGGGAGGGCACCAGGCUGGAGAAGACUGAUAUACAAUUUCUGAAUCUUCUUAUUGUCACUCCAGCAAGGGUCUACUUCCCUUCACUCAGCUCAGUAAUUACAGCUGGUGCUUCUUUCCCUGCUGUUUCCUUGUUGUGGGUACUGCAUGCCCACAGUUGCUUUUUCUCAGACCCUGCCUGCACUUAUGCUUAUCAUUAUGUCUUAAGAGAUGCUAAUCUGAAAUGGUAGAUGGGAUGUGGAUCUAUAAAGCCUAGGUUAAAAUUCCCGUUCUGUAACAAAUAUUUAAGAUCCCAGUCCCUGCCUCAGUAGCCUAUUAUAAACCAAAAGUAAUAAUCAUUGGGUUAAUGAAUGAAUGAAUAUAGUGUGACGGCUGUCAGCUUUGGUGGUGGUGGUGGGGAGUGAAUUAACAUUUUUUCUGGCCUUCCUGUGGUUAUCAGAUUUUUAAAAACGCAGUGUUGAUAAACAAUCUCAUCCUUGGUCUCCCCCCCCCCCCCCAUUUUUUGUAUGCUGGUUAAGAGAAAAGUUAGCCUGUUUUUGAGCGAAAAGAGAUUAAAACUUUAUAAAGAUAAAACUUAGGAAACAUGAUGGAACAAAUAACCUGAGGGAUGUUAGACUUUUUUGCUCUGCAGAGCCAGUGUGGUGUAGUGGUUAAGAGCGGUAGUCUCGUAAUCUGGGAAACCGGGUUCGUGUCUCCGCUCCUCCACAUGCAGCUGCUGGGUGACCUUGGGCCAGUCACACUUCUUUGAAGUCUCUCAGCCCCACUCACCUCACAGAGUGUUUGUUGUGGGGGAGGAAGGAAAAGGAGAAUGUUAGCCGCUUUGAGACUCCUGAAGGGGAGUGAAAGGCGGGAUAUCAAAUCCAAACUCCUCCUCCUCCUCCUCCUCCUCUUCUUCUUCUUCUUCUUCUUCUUCUUCUUCUUCUUCUUCUUCUUCAUCUCAUAUCUGAGACUGAUUCACACACCACUGUUAAGUGUAUGAUAAACCAGUUCCUAUGUAUUAUAGAAAACCCAAAGAUGUAAAUACCAGUAUAAAAGCACAUUGCUUGUUUGCAUGUUCCAUCUCCAGUUGGAGGCAGUCGACGGGGAGCAUAAGUGGUUGUUUCUUCAGCUUGUAAACACCUUGUGUAUAGUAAUAUAGAAAGCUGGUAUACAAAUUAAAAGUGAAAUGAAAUGAGAGCGCUGUUGUGCUUACUCAGCUUUAGGCUUCCCAGAGCCAAGUAGCUACCCUGGGCUCCUUUGGUAGGAAGGGUGGGAUAUAAAUUUAAUGAAUGAAUAUUUUGGUUGGUCACUGUGAGAACAGGAUGGUAGACUCAGUGCAUCAUUGGCCUGAUCCAGCAGGCUCUUUAAAUUUGUUUGACAACUAUUUCUUCAAGGAAACCAGUGCCUUUUCUGGCCAUGGGUAUCUAGAGGUAGUCAGGACUGCUUGCAGGAAGUACUUCUUUACAUAGGUCAUUGUUAAAAUUAUGGAAUUUACUCCCACAAAAUGCCACGAUAGCCGCCAACUUUGACGGUUUUAGAAAGGGCUUAGCCAAAUUCAUGGAGGAUAAGGCUACCAGUCAUGAUAGUUGUGUACUGCCUCUACCAAUGCCAGUUGACAGGAAUCCUAAGUGGGAAGAGCAUCUGAUGCUUCUGGUUUCCCAUAUGCCUCUAGCUGGCAACUGCAGGAACAAAAGUCAGUCAUUUUAAUUGUUUUGUACUGCUUUUAAUAUUUUUAUAUUGCUGCACACUGCUCUGAUAUUUUAUGAGAGGGUGGCGGUAUAUGAAUAUAAACAAACAGGAUUCUCUGCCAGAUGGGCCUUUGGUCUCUUCUUAUGUUCAUGUUAGAAUACAAGGUUUCAUAUAUGGAAAAAACAGAUUGAUGUUUUAGGUCAGGCUUGGGGAACUUUUGGGACUCCAGCCCUCAUCAGCCUUGGCGCCUGCAUAACCCAUAGUCAGAGAUGGUAAGAAUUUUUAUUCCUGCAACAUCUGCAGAGCCACAAGUUCCCCGCUCCUAUUUCAGGUACUUUAAAUGCCAGAAUCGCGAGGGAAGAGCAAGAGAACCCAGUUAGCAGCCUGUGCCAAUACAGAUCAGCGCCACAGGUGUGUCCCGUCCCGUCCCGUCACCCCCCCCCCCCCCGCCCGGUUACUGGUGAUCUCACUUUUAGCACUAAAUUGCCCUGCUUUUAUCAGUGAGAUAACGCGGAGAGCUUUCUCUCCGGCGGGAGGCAUGCGGCCAAGCGCACGAGGCGCUGAUGCUGUAACAGCCAUCAUUUUGCAAAGAUUACGCACGGCGAGGUUGAAUCAUUGGACCCGCGAGGGAGGCAGGAUCCCGGGCGGAACGAAGUCGCCUUCCUCCCACCGCGGACACCCGGCUCGGCCUGCCUCCGUCUUCCCUGCCGCUCCCUUCACCCCCUGCCCGGCGGCCUCCCCUUUUCUCUCCCGGAGCUGUGCUGCUCGCUUCUGACUCGGCGGCGGGUGGGACGUUCUGCUCUCCUCCUCCUCCUCCUUCCGGGUGGCGGCGCCCGGCUCCAUUCCAUUCUCUGACCACAGGAGCGAACGAGAGCGCCUGUGGCGGGCUUUGUCCCUAGACGCUCUCCGUACUACCGAGGCUCCCGGCUUCGCUCCUCUCGGAGCCUCUUUUCAAGAUGGCGGCCGCACGGCUGGCUCUGCGCGGCCGAGUCUCCCUGCAGCCGGGUCGCCAGUGACGCCCUCCUGCUGCCUCCGCCGGUGCAGCUGACCCGGCUCCGCGCCCCACUUCUCUCGCCUGCAGAAGGCCUCCCGCCGCCGCCGCCGCAGCUAUGCCAUCCUUGGUGCACGCAUGAGAGAGGCUACCUCCGCCGCCGCCGCCAUCGCCGCCCGAGCCAUGGAGGAGCCGGAGCCGGAGUGCAGCGAGGCUGCCAAAAAGUAACGCAUUGGUGGGGACCGGGGGUGAGAGGGAAUAGUUUCGUUCGCUUCUCCUCUUUCCCCCUGCUGUUUAAAUUGCAGCAGCCACAAGGUCGCCUCUUUGCACAGCAGGAGACUCUUGCAUCCCCUUCACAAUAGGCUCCGGUCUGCAAGCUUCCGCUUGCCCGGCUGUUCCUGCAAGGGAGCUUUUCUCUGGAUGCUGCCUUGGCUGGGAAAGGGGUGGGAGUGGAUGUCCGUCUGUCUGAUGUUCAGCUUCGCCGGUGACCUGCUUCGUUGAUUUUAGUAGCAUUGCCUGUGGGGUAAAGCUGGGUUCUGCAGUUUUACAGUCUCGGGGACACCCCACUCCUGGGUAAGGGAAUUAAUGGUUAAAACAAGCAAACAAACCGAGGGACAAAACUAGGAGUUGACAGUUGUGUGUGUUUAUUUGGACUUCAGUUGAUUUUGGUGCAAGGGAGCAUCUUGAAAAAGUGUUGUGUUCUGGAUUUGGGAACCAUUAUUAAAAUGUAUAGAUCGAUCCAGAUGCAAGGUGACCUGCAUUAUUAUUUUUCUAGCCCAAGAAGAUCCUUUUGAACCCCCUUUCCCCAUGUAAAUGAAAAACAAAAGUGUACAUGUAGCAGCCUAAUCUUAGAUAUUCUUACUCGAGAGAAAUCCCACUGGGCUAAGUGGGGCAUGUUCUGAAGUAAAGGUGCAGAGGAGUGCAAUGAAAAUUAUUCAGAGUGAAACUAGUGCAGCCUCUGCUGUUUUCAGCCUUUUUUCAGGAGAAAGUUGAGAAGGCAAUAAUUUUCUGAUGGUUGCUUUAUCUGUUGAUGCAAUAGUGGAGACAGCACCAGUAUGUCAGAGCCUCAUUUUUAAAAACUUUGCUUUAACUAUGUGAUCAUUACAGUAUAGAUUGCGUGAAGGCUGCUUAGUUGAAUUCUGCAGUUCCAAAGUGCCUCUGAGAAGAGGUAGAUUAACUAACAGUGCAGUCCUAAGCAUUUCUGCUCACACUGUAAAUUCAGUGGCGCUUGCUCUCAUGUUAGUGGGGUUAGGAUAGCAUUUUAAAUUGGGGUUGUGGAAAAGGGGACAAAUACUCUCUUCAUAUUAGUUUGUAUAUUAAUUCAGUUUAUUGGUUCCUUUUCUGUUAUUUGAUCAGAGUGUUAAAAAAAAAAAGACAAAGAUCUUGUGGGCUUUCACAUAAAUGCUGAAAUGCUAUGAUGCCAACUUUUUCUGCUCUUGCCAAUGAUGCAGCAAAUAGGAUAUUCAUCAAACUCUUUGCAAAAGUUGUUAACAUACAGACUCAAGUUCCUUCCUGCUUUCUGAAUGUGCCCACAUUCAUAUUUCCUUACAUCCACGUAUUUAACUAAUACUUUUGGCCAGACAAUGUGAGAUUACAUGUAAUUGUCCCAUUCCUCAUACUAUUUGUUCAUAAGUUAGUUUAAUGAAAAUUCCACUGAACACUACGACAAUAGAAUAAAUUUUGUAUACAGUCAGAGCACUGCAGUGUAUUUUCAGGUCUGAAUAACUUGAAACCUAUUGCUAAUUUCAAAUGGGUGAAGGAAAAUGCAAAAAGCAAUACUCUAUUCUGCCUGCCUUGAACAGUGAGACCUGAAUAAAAAUUGGAAGAGAGUUCUACCUUUCAGUUUUCAAGGCCAGCUUGGCACCUACCUCUGUUUUGAAAUGCAGCGUGUGGUGGUGGGAGGAGACUAGAUGGUAAUGCAGCUUCCAAGGUGAGGCUUCUCAGUCAUUGUGCUUGACUAGUUUAUUCCACAGGAAAUAAGUCUACCCUCAAGGACUCAGGACAUAGUAUGUUUUUAUAUUGUGUUAACCUGUGAACAACCAUAUGAGAUAGAUAAAGCUGAAAGAUAGUGAUUUGCUCUAGGCCACCCAGUGAACAUUACUGGCUGAAUAAGGAAAUGAACCUAUAUCUGCAACAUCCAACCCUAGGAUUAAUUCUGCCUCCUGAAAUUUAAAAGAGGGAUGUGACACUGGCAGCAUAACUCUAUAUACAUGGACAAUCAAGCUACAGUAGCACUGGGACAUGUGGGGGUGAUUGUUUGAAAUAUCUAUUAUUUUUCAUGUGCUGAGUCGGCAUAUAAUUGCAAACUUCACAUGAUCACUGCAUUUGCAUCUCAGGGCUGGAAACCAUACUUGUGUUAGUAGGAAUUGACCUUUAGAGAUGGGAAUGAAAAUAACUUCAUGAAUCUGAUGUCUUCAGGUUUCCAGCUGACUGUCAAGCUACUGCAUAACUCAUAGUAAUUCCCAAGCAAUUAGUUCUCUUCCUUAGAUAACAUCCUGUUGAUUCAUUUUACUUCUCACCAGCAGGCAUUCAGGAAAUGCCUCCUUUGAAAAAUCCAGCGGUGUAUAGUCAGUGCAAAAUGGAUCAUAAAUGAAGAAGCUCAAUUUUAGCAACUGGAGGGAAAAGCUUGGCGGGUACACAUUUACUAGAUCCAUCUUUUAAUGAUGAUGAAAGUCACCUUUGUCAAGUGUUGAAAAGGAAGUUUUAAUUGCAAUCAUGACACUGAUGGCGAAGAUUCUGGUGCUGAUUGGCUGAGCUGGUGUGAACAUUCCAACUGCUUAGGGAAUAAUUGUGUUAAGAGUAUUUGCAGCUCUGCUUCUGUGAAGGAAGGGGAAAUUGUCAGGUUUUUUGGAAUUAAAACUUCCCACAAGCACUAGGGGACUAUACUGUUUUUGUGAUGAUAACUGAGGCUUGAGUAGGGUGGUCUCGGGAUGAAAGGAAGAAAAUAUGUGGAUGGGACAGAGGCAAAGUAACUGAAGGAAGGGACAGAGAAGGCACAAGGGACUGAAAAAUAAGCAUCUGAGGAAAAGUUGUAGGUGAAGAAGAAUUAAUCAUUUUUGGGGUUGGGAGAGGAGUACAAAGAAGACAUUCAGACAAGGAGGGGUUCUGGGAAGCUGUAUGCUAGAAAAGAGAAAGGAGACAAGUUCUAGGGAAUCUGGCCCAGAAUAAAACAUUAGCUAAAGAAAAUGAGCUGGGGGGAGACGAAAGGAUAAGUGUGGCUUCUGUAGCAUUGCUAUCUGGCAAUCCUAAGGGGUCAAGAGUAAGCUCCAAAAGCUGGAAAUAGGAGACAGUUUUUGCAUGCUUAUAUAAACUAAGCAGCAUAGCCCAUGGAUGCAGGCUUUUAGGGAGCCUUUGAUGUUGGACAGCAGCUAGUUUGAAUGCCUUGUAACAUCUUUGGGGCGAAAGUGUCUUGUUCUUAGAGAUUUCCAGCGAGGUAGCUACGUUAGUCUGUUGCAGCAGAAACAGGAGAGACUUCUGGCCAUGUAAAGACUAGCAGAUUUAUUAUGGCAAAAGCUUUCAUCAGCUUGUUCAUCAGAUUUAUUUAUUUUUAUUUAGCAGAUUUGCAGUUCACUUUUCAAGACAAUUCUUUAUAAAGCAGCUUGCAAAAUGCACACAGAAUAUAAUUCAAAACCAUUUAAAGCAUAUCAGCUGACAGAACAGAAGUGAACUGACUUCAUGAAAGCUUUUGCCAUUUAAGAUGCUGCAAGAUUCUCUGUUUUUGUUCUCAGAAGGACUUUGGAUUUGUGUGUUCAUUUUCAAGUUUUCCUGUGCUAAUCUGCAUGUUGCAUUGCCAUAGUAUUAUACAAGCUAAACUAUUGACCAGCAUAACAGGCAAUUUAAUACAGUGGUACCUCGCAAGACGGAAAAUUCGCAAAACGAAAGGGUUUUGGGUUUUUUGAGUUGCUUCGCAAGACGAUUUUCCCUACGGGCUUGCUUCGCAAGACGGAAACGUCUUGCAAGUUUGUUUCCUUUUUCUUAAAACCGUUAAUACAGUUGCGACUUGACUUCGAGGAGCAACUCAUAGCACGCGGUGUGGUAGCCUUUUUUGAGGUUUUUGAAAACUUUUGUGAUUUUUGAAGCUUUUCCGACACCGUGCUUCGCAAGACGAAAAAAACCGCAAGACGAAAAAACUCGUGGAACGAAUUAAUUUUGUCUUGCGAGGCACCACUGUAUGUGGUCCAUGGUUCUGAGGCCUUUGAAUCAUAAUAAUAGGUUUGCAUUUGAAAGUGUGGCAACAAACCCUAUGUCUGCAUGAACGUGUAGCACAAUUUCUUAUAAAUGCAGAUGACUCUCAGAAGGUAAAGUUCUAAAUGGUGUUAAGGCAAUGGUCCUGCAGCUUGUUUCCAACAGUAACAAGCCAGCUGCUUCCAGAAAGCCCACAGGCAGGGUGUGAAGGCAAUACCACCCUCUCAUCCCGAUACUCCCUCUACCCCAACAACUGAAAUUCAGUCACAUACUAUCUGAACAUGGAUGUUGCACUUAAUUUUCACAGCUAAUAGCCAUUGAUAGGCCUAAGUUAAUGACAUCAUAUGUUAUGGUCGUGAAUUCCCUAAGUUAAUUAUGUGUUGUUGUGUGAAGAAGCACUUUCUUUUGUCUAACCUCCCUGAAACUACUGAUAAUUUUCAUUGGGUGAUCCCAGGUUCCAGCAUUUCGUGUAACAGAACCAUGAAAAGCUUGCAUAGCAAAGUUUACUUUUGUGGCUGCCCCCCCCCCCCCAUUAGCAGAGCUGGCUGGCAUAAGAGAUCAAGGUGCUGUUGUCUAGCAGAAAGUAGAAUCAGUAGUUGGUGGAUGCUUUUGCAAAUAAUAUGUAUAAUCCUGAGAUGCUUCUUUUAUAGUUCCUGGGUGGUUUAAUUCCUGAGUCUAAUAAAUCAAGUGAAACUCAUAAUUGUUGUGUGUCUAAAAUUAAGUGCAUGUACAUGCACACAUGCAAUAGAAGCAUCUUCUGUACAUAACACAUAAUCCAUAUUGUUUACCUGGUUAUUGUUGAUUGGUGUGUGCGAUGUUGGCACAAGCAGAGGGGUAGAAUGGUGUGCCUGCAUUAUAUUUACAAGUUAAAUGGUUGAUCAACAAAAAUGGAGGGUGCUUUGUUUGGGUGUACAGUGUUCUGCAACAUGGAUGAAGUGGACCCAUGAAUUUCCUGUUUAAAAUUCAUUCUAGUAAUGUGGAUCUUGUUUAUUCAUAAUCUGCAUAAUUUUGACAUGAGUGUUGGUGUGGUCAUAAUUGAUUUUCAGCAAAUGAAAGCAAAUCCUUAAAUUCAUUUUUAGGUUUUUUAGUUCAUAUUAAGGGGGGUUUCUCAAAACAGUUGAGGUUGUAAUCUAUUCUGUAGCUGCACACUGUAAUUCACUUGCAUGUCUGCUGUAAAUAUGGAUUUGUCAUCAUUUUAAGUAUGCAAGUUAAAAUCAUCUUGGGCCUGCCUGCAUGUGUGUAGGCCUUGACGAUGCAUGGAUACAUCAUCUAGGACUGGUAUGAGGGCCAGACUGCAAUGGCAGCUUCACCUGGCAGUAUAUUGUGAGUGAAACUGCUGCCGCUCCUGAGUCCCUCUGCCUCCAGCACCCAGUGCACCAAGGAAGAAACAAGGUGCAGCCAGAUGCUGGUGGUAGAGGGACUCAGGAGUGGCAGCAGUUCCACUCACAAUAUACUGCCAGGUGAAACCGCCAUCUCGCUCUGGCUCUCAUACUGCUGAAGGAGGAACAAGCUAUAUCAGCCAGAACCACUGUAGCUUGUUCCUCUCUUGGCUGCCUGCGCAGGCCUGUGGAUCCUUUAAACCUCUCCGUUGAGGGGCACGCAACUGUCCACCCCUUAGCAUAGAAGUCUAACGGAGCCCCCACCCUACCUCUGUUAAUAAAGAUGAGGGACAUUUAAUUCAGUUUGCACUAGACUAUUGGAAAACACAUUACUAAUUUAUUUUCCAGAUUUACACCAGACUAGCCUCUUUCUUGACCACCCAGAAAUAUACUUGUGUGCUUUGUGAGUUGUGAAACAUUUUGAUAGCAUGUUCAUUCCAACACAAGAAGUUUUCAGAAUUGUAUCCAUAUUGUUAUGUGGGUGUAAUUCUGAAGUGCUGAUGUGAAAGUGUUUGCUGUAUAAUUUAUGAAACAGGUUUUAGUGCUGGAUAAAUGUGUUUAUAGGGCUGGAGAGAAAGAACAAAGCUGAUUAUGUAAAUAAGAUACCAGUUUGGGAAUUUAAUAACUUGUCAGACUAAAAAGUUGUUGUUGAUGCAUACAGUUAUAUACAUCGAGUUAUUCCAACUCUACAAUUCUGUGAUUCUAUGUCCCAUGUCAAAAGUUGGCAGAUGCUAUGCUGAGACAUUUGGUUAUGAGCUUUUUACUUUCAGUGUUUAACCCCUUUCAUUUCAAUGCUGACAUCUGUUCUAACCCUCAAGGUUUUAUUAGGGGCACUAGGUUACAUUGGUGGGGAGCCAGUUUUGAGCUAGUAUUAGUAGCUAAUCCAAAAAUUGUAGUGCUUGAAACAGUCUAGGCAAACCCACCUUCAACCCUUUUCUGCUUCAGAAGCUUGUCGGUUUGGCUCUGCUGCUUGACAGUCAAACCUUCUCCAGAAUGUUCCCAGGCCACUUCUGCAACUUCAAGGUUUGCAGUCUUCUCCUAUCAUACUCACCAGAGGAUGGUGCUACAUAGCAAUGGUGAGUGUACUGAGCAAAAAUGAGGAUGCUAGUCCCUUUGAGCCUACCCAUGUGCUGAUGCCAUCCUCCAGCUUCUUCCACCAUCACAAAUAUGACAGGCUGUGACCAGAGAAACUCUCCAAGGAAAAGCAUGUUAUUAGUGAUGUAGAAUACCAUGAAGCAGAACAUAAUUUCUAUGAGUGCUUACAUAACUGAUUUCCCCAGUCAACUGAUAGUAUAGCGAUGGUACUGGUCUUUCUUAAAAAUUGUGCAUUUGAUGCAUAUGAUACUUCAGUUUCACCAUACUCAAUACUGUAUAAGCAUUUUAGUAAGGUAUUAUAUUUUCAUAUUCUGAUUUUUCAGUUGCCUAGAAGAUUGUUUUUCAAUAUCCAGUUACUUGGGAAAGAAGGUCUUUAUGCAAUCUGCAUUGGUCUUUCUUAUGGCAUUUGAACUGGAAAUCAGGAAAUCAGCUUAACUUGCACCUGGCCCUCUUUAUCCGCCUUUCCUUCUGUAGCAUGCACCCUGUGGGGAAUGGCAAAGCUGCAAAUGGAGCAGAUUAGAGUUGUAAUGUGGCUUCUGCACUACCAGUGCUGGCUGAAUUUCCGAGUGCCCAGAGGUUCCUAUUCUAUUUGUUAUAAGGCAUUGAAUAGCCAGACUCUAAUCUAUUGAGGAAUUGUUCUGAAAAUUUCGCUUUUGUAAUUAAUUUGAAAUUACCAUACUUCUCAUGUUUGUUAAUUUGGAACAUGCAUGAUUUUACAGUGCAUGGUCUGUGAAAAUGAUUCAGGUGUUCUGCUGUUGCAGCAGUCAUAGCAAAAAGAAUUACCGUAUUUUUUGCACCAUAACACUCACUUUUUUCCUCCUAAAAAGUAAGAGGAAAUGUCUGUGCGUGUUAUGGAGGGAAUGCCUAUGGGUGGCAUGCCUACGGAUUUUCCUCCUCUAAAAACUAUGUGCGUGUUAUGGUUGAGUGCGUGUUAUAGAGCGAAAAAUACGGUAGUUUGAACUGCGUGGCUUAAUUAGUGCUUUCAAGGCUGCCUGUAUUGUUAUGCAACCCAGUAGUAUUGGCCUUUGUGGAAUGUAGACUAUGCUGUGGUGGCAAAACAACAUCUCUAUGUUAAAGAAAAAUAUUUGGGUGCAUGUCAAUAGAAUUUCAUCCUUAGUAGCAAAAUGGUUAGCUUUAACUAUAGUUGAGGGCAUGUCUACAUAUUGCUCUAUUGAAUUGCAUAGAACUUUAAAAAUAUAUGUUUCUGAUUUUGGUGAGGUAAUGAAUUGGAUUCUGGGUAAGUCAGUUGCACUUAGGACCCAUUGAAAUAACCGUGAAAAGUUUGUAAUGAAAAACUACAUUCAUAUCUGCACUUACCUGGAAUCAAAUUUCAUUGAACUGUGUGGAAAUUACUUUUGAGUAGACGUGCAUUGAAUUUUACUGUUUGUGAAGACUUAUUGGUUUCAGUGGGAGCUAAGUUCAACUGACUGACUUCGGAUCCAAGUUCCAAGCCAGUGUAUCUUAAACUGAAAUAGUCCAAUAAAUUGUGAAUAAACAUUGGUGUUUUCUGUUCAGAAAUUGUCAUGCUGCCUUCCUAGAGGAAGACAUUGUAAAUAUAGAUAAGCAUCACUGGUAAGUGUUUGGUAAGAAAUGCAGUCUUCUAAGCUAAAGGAAGAAGAAUUAAUUAUAGAAAGUGCAAGGAUUUAUUUAUUCUUUCAUUUUAGAUAUUUAUAGGCUAUACAUAACAAAAGUUCUCAGGAUAUUAUAGCCUGGCUUAGUACUCUCUCACAAUACAUUUUGUUUUUGUUUUUUUAGGCAGAGUAAAGGCAUAAGGCAGCAAUGGCACCACUCGGUGGAUAUGCCUUUGCUUGAAAUAAUCCUGCAUAAAAGAACUCAGAAAUUAGCACAACACAAAGGAUGGUUGGUAAUUUUCUAUGAUUGAUAAAUUUUCAGUUUUCAUGUGGAAAAAUAAUGUAUUUUUUGCUAAGCAGAAAAAGUGUUGUAAAGUGACUGACUUGGUUAAGACUUAAAGCAAAAAAAUGUGAGCAGAGGAGGGUAACCAAGAUGAUGAAGCAAUGGCUUGGAAACCAAGCCUUAUGAGGAAUGGUUGAGAGAGCUUGGUAUGUUUAGCCUGGAAAAGAGGAGACUGAGGGGAGAUAAGAGCCAUUUUCAGGUAUCUAAAGAGCUGUCACAUGAAUGAUGGAGCAAGCUUGUUUUUCUCCUGCUCUGGAUUAUAGGACCCAAACCAAUAGCUUCGAGUUACAAGAAAGGAGAUUUUGACUAAACAUACAGAAAAACUUUCUGACAGUAAGAGCUGUUUGACAGUGGAACAGACUCCCUUGGGAGGUUGUGGGCUGUCCUUCCUUGGAGGUUUUUAAGCAGAGGUUGGACAGCCAUUUGUCAUGGAUUCUUAGUUGAGUUUCCUGCGUUGGACUAGGAGUUGGAUUAGGUGACGCUCAGGGUGUCUUCCAACCCUACAAUUAUAUGAUUCAAACCACAGUACAUCUUAACUCAGAAAUGGCAACCACAGUUCAGAUAUCGUUUCCAAUUCUGUAAGUAGGCAAUCAUUGGAUUGUGCAAACUAGUGUUGUUGUUCAGGUGUAAUAGCAAAUGUGAAACUGGGAAGAUAAGGAGGGCACAGGGAAAUUGGGGAGUUUAACAGCACUCAUUCAUGUAAUGACAAGACAUUAUUUGGUGUUGCAUCUGAACUGAGUCACUUUGUAAGCCCUUUGCCAUAUGAACAAAGAAAUGUCAAUUGCCUCUAGUUAGAGGGCCUGUAUUUUCAAACUAUUAGUACUGAGAAAAUAGAUGCAUUUUAUUCUGUUGUAAUUAUUUAUCAGCGUUAAAACUGAGCUAUCCACCCAGUCUUCAUGCAAAAUAUAAAACUAUUCAGAUUUCAGCUAAAUGGAGUAUCUUGUAGGUCUGGAACAGUGAACAGAAAUACUCUACACUUCAAUAUUUUAUUGCAGGUCCCACUCGUUAAUACAGUUGUACCUCGGCUCCUGAAUGCCUUGGGAGUCAGAAUGUUCCGGAUCCCAAACGAUCGAAAACCGGAAGUGAGUGUUCUGGUUUUCGAAUGUUCCUUUGGAAGCUGAAAGUCCGACAGGGCUUCCGCAGCUUCCGUUUGGCUGCAGGAGCUUCAAUCAGAAGCUGUGCUUUGGUUUUUGAAUGUUUUGGAAGUCGAAAGGGCUACUGGAACGGAUUCUGUUCGACCUCUGAGGCACAACUGUACAAUAGUUUUAGAGUCUAAGCUAAAGGAGGCAGUGUGAAUGGAAUAAAAAAACUGUGCUAUAGGUAAUUCGGUAAGUGCAUAGGGAGUCUGGAUUUGAGAAGCUAAUAUGUCAUGAACAAUCUGCAUAGUGAUUAGUUUACAGUUUUGGAAUGUUUGUAGAAAGUUGGAAAAAAAUACAAAAACAUUAUGAAAAAGAAAAGUGUUGUUCCUGUGUAGAACUAUUUCCCUACCUUACAUAGAAUGUGGGUCAUUGUUGGAUGGGCAAUAAAAGUUCAGAAUAUCUAAAUUUGGGGAAACAUGGGUAUGCUACAGAGGGGCACAAAUACCAGAUCACCACUGUCAGCUUUUAGGCAGUGUCAUCAAGAGGCUUAGGAGGUAAAAGUACUUAGAUGCAGCCAUUAGUUCUGCUACUGCUCUUGCCAUUAAUGGUUAAUGCCAUUAACAUUAGGAGAGCCAGUGUGGUGUAGUGGUUAAGAGCGUUAGUCUCGUAAUCUGGGGAACCGGGUUUGCGUCUCCGCUCCUCCACAUGCAGCUGCUGGGAGACCUUGGGCCAGUCACACUUCUCUGAAGUCUCUCAGCCCCACUCACCUCACAGAGUGUUUGUUGUGGGGGAGGAAGGGAAAGGAGAAUGUUAGCCGCUUUGAGACUCCUUAAAGGGAGUGAAAGGCGGGAUAUCAAAUCCAAACUCCUCCUCCUCCUCCUCCUCUUCUUCUUCUUCUUCUUCUUCUUCUUCUUCUUCUUCUGGUGUUAACACUCCUAUUUUUGAGGUUUUGUGGAUAACUAGUUGAUACAGUCUUUUGAGCAGGAUUUGCAGUUAUAAAUUACCGUAUUUUUUUGUCUAUAAGAUGCCCCCCUAUUUGGGGGGACUCAGAUUUAAGAAAAGGGGUAGAUAUAUCCGUGUAUAAGACACCCCCCCUAGUUUUUGACAUUUUGGGGGGGUGGGAACCUAGUCUUAUACACAGAAAAAUGCGGUAGUUGGUCAAUCAUUGUUCAUGCAUCCUGUAAGAUUAAUGGUAUAAAAAUUGGGGAUGGUGACAUGGAUGCACGUCUCUUGGUUUUUCUUUUAGAUAGAAUUUUAAAAGCCCUUACUAGUUUUUCCAUCAAUUUCAAGUUAGGUUGUCUCAGAAUAUUAAAUCUUUUGUAUGUCGUACUAAAGUUUGAUACUCGAAUAUGGAGAAACAAAUAUAUUUUUCAGUUUCUGCUCUUGCCAGUUACAGAGAACCAAGAGUUCUGAUUACAUUCUUCUGUUGUGAGAACACGAAGAGCUGCCAGAAAUGCUAAAGGAUUUUAUUUGACUAGCUGGUGAUCUCAGAACCACAGAAGGCUGCUAAGUACUUAAGUAUUUUACAAAUUCUGCUCAUGUCACAAACUAGAGCAAAUUUCUUUUUCCUCCAACUCCCCCCCCCCCCCGGAGAAAGUAUAUAUUUUUACUGGCUUUACUUCUGCUGCAGGUCAUUAAUGACUACUGUACUCCCAGUAUAUCUAAUAUCCUUUUUCCAUCUGUCAGUUUUGAGGGUUUCAAAACAUGGUGCUGCUUUACUUAUGCAGUAUCCUCCCCUUUAUAAGCAAGGCAGGUGCUGACAUAGGCAUCAUUUUGGUUUUCUCUGCUUACCUAGGCAUUUUAAGUGUCCUAGCUUAUUAUUUUAGCAGCCUCUGCUUGUUUUGAUGACUUGAUUCUAUAUGUUUUUAUAUUGGUUGGUUUGUGUUGUACGUACCUGGCCUUGAUGGUGCAAUAUAAAUGUUUAAAUACGUAGUUCCAUUUGACCAACAAUUUCACAUGUUAGUUCUUUAAUCUUUAAUAGCUACUGUCUAGAUAUGGUGAUAUAAUACUUAAUUUGUUGAUGAGCCCUAGAGCUUCACAUCUGUUUGACUGAUAACAUCUGCUCAAUCAUGGGUAUCUUUCCUAUUCCUUUGCAGUGAAGUGGGAUGCAAAUAAUUAUUUCACUUUCUCUGCAGUUUUUCUGUCAUUCUUGAAUUGCAUUUAUCAUCUAACAGUCCAGUUGCUUACUGAAAGCUCUUGUUUCUGACGUAUUUAAACAAGUGUUGUUGAGUUGGUUGUAACGUUUAAGCAAUAAUUUCCUCAAAAUAUCUCCCAUUUGGGCAUUCACAUCUCCAUCACUGACUGCUCAUCCUAUAAAUGAUUCUUUAAAGAAGGCUAUGGGAGAGGAAGAGACUAGCUACAUGGUGCUAUACAUAGGAACUAUUUUCAAGUUUUCACAGUUGUUAUGCUUAAGAAUCAGAAUUAUGCAAUAGUAGGGAGUCAGUCUUACCGUUUUGGUCCUUAACUUUGGUAAUCACCUGAUUCCUUUUUUUGGACCUGCUAUGGGGAACAGCCAGAAUCUGAAAUGAAAUAAAUUUGCUAAUUCUCAUUUUGUACUCUAGUUCCUUUAGAACUGUCACCUUUAUUUUCUAAGUUGUAAAUAUAUUUCACACAAAUAAACAUUCUUAUCUCUUCUGAGUUGAUUUCAUCGUGACAGAGGAGAGGAUUAUUCUUCCUUCAUUAGCCUGACAGAUGGUGACAUUACAAGUCAGUUCAUUUUUUCUCAGACAUAAAAUAAGCACUUGCUCUUUUAUCCAAUUCUCUUGGCUUAGACUGAGUGAUAUUUUAAAUGUCAGCAGUGGUAUUUUGCAGAGAUUAUCAAUUACGUGCUGGUGAUAUUACAAUAACUUCUUAAGAUUUUUGUACUAAAUUAAUUACCUCAUAAAAUCUAAUAAACCGUUAAUGCUGAUCUCUGGCUUUUCUUGGUCUAGAAUACUCUUUUUAAUUGGAAACAUUACAGAGUAAGGUUAGCUUUACCAAAGAUAACUAGGAGCAGACUGAAUGGAGUGACAGAUGAACCACUGUAUCUGUAGUAAUAAUGAUAAUAAUAAUUUAUUAUUUAUACUCUGCCCAUCUGGUUGGGUUUCCCCAGCCACUCUGGCCGACUCCCAACAGAAUAUUAAAAACACCAAACGCUAAAAACUUCCCUAAACAGGGAUGCCUUCAGAUGUCUUCUAAAAGUCAGAUAGCUGUUUACUUCCUUGACAUCUGAUGGGAGGCCAUUCCACUGGGCAGGUGCCACUACCGAGAAAGCCUUCUGCCUGGUUCCCUGUAACUUGGCUUCUUGCAGUGAGGGAACCGCUAGAAGGCCCUCAGAGCUGGACCUCAGUGUCCGGGCAGAACGACAGUGGAGAUGCUCCUUCAGGUAUACUGGGCCGAGGCCGUUUAGGGCUUUAGAGGUUAGCACCAGCAUUUUGAAUUGUGCUCGGAAACGUACCAGGAGCCAAUGUAGGUAUUUCAGGACCGGUGUUAUGUGGUCACCAGUUUAGCUGCUGCAUUCUGGAUUAGUUGUAGUUUCCAGGUCACCUUCAAAGGUAGCCCCACGUAGUGUAACCCUUCUGCUUGCCCCAACCCGAGUGAAGGGUAAUGAGGGCCAUGGCCAUGAAAAAGAUGUUUUUCACUGUUCUAGCUCCAUGCCCAUCAUCAUUACAUAGACCAACUCAGGAUCCAGCAGAUCUUGACUGACCUAGCUCUACUUCCCAAAAUGCCUCGUUUUGGGGGUUUUCUGCCAAGCUCUGCCUACCCAUGCUUUUCGCGGAUGCAUUGUGGACCUCUGUAGCAGUGGAGGCCUCCUGCCAACAGAACCCAGUGGAGCUCAGUCCAGCCAGGUGGUUGGACAUCUCCACCCCCUUCAGCUGAGCAAAUUAGGGGUUAUGAUUGCCUUACUCCAUUGGUAGGAUGCAUUGUAGUAUACCCCAGAUGGUAUUAUAAAAGACAACAUUUUUUGCAUGUAUUUCUCCUUCUAAACAAAAGCACAAGUGUAAGGAUUUUUUCCCACUUCUUCGAAUUAUGCCUCUGACAUCUAGUUAUCUAUCUUGGGGGGGGGGGAGGGAGUUGCACCUUUAUUUUGUCUUUAAGAUGCCAUAGAUGUCUUUAAGAUCUGUAGAGAAAGGCUCAAUUUCCAUAUUGUCCUUUUUAUGUAGAAUUCAUAUUUCUUGUCUCUUUGAAAAUUCUGCAGCUACCCAAAAUUUGAACUCAAGUACACCCAGACUUUUAUUUUUCCUUUAGCACUUGCUGCAGCUGUAAAUUGAGAAGCUGGCAUAUUCUUGUAGCACUUUGUCUCAGCAAUGGAAGCUUGUUUUAACUUCUGUUAUCAUAGGAUUAGCUCUGAUGCUGAUGCUGCACAGUUCGGUAACUCUUACAUCUUUUGCUUCAGCUGUGGCACCAGCAGCUCUGGGGCUGGAGCUCGUGGGUUCUCUCAUCUCACAGCCACAACAGGUGCAGUAGGGGAACAGGGCCACUCCAUCUAAAUAUCAGCUUCUGCUGUCCUUGCUGAAAUUGCUGCAGCUAAUCUGCUAGCCUGCAGUGACAGUAGGAACAGUGUGUUGUCAUAGAAAUAUGUCAUUCUUAAUGCAGCUAUUACUGUAGCUUCCCCAUUGUCUUGUGUUGAUUUUGUUAUCGGGGAAACUACUGAAGGUAGCAUGAAGUUACAAGAAGAUGCAUAGAUUGUAAUUUGCCAGUUACGACAAGUAGUGUAAAUCCUUUUACUUUUUAUUCAUAAAUACUAUUAUUAUUAUUACUACUACUACUACUAUACCCCACCCAUUUGUCCCUGGAGAGAAGACAUUGGGGUGCUUAAUUUUCAUAAACUGGUAUUCAAAAAGGAAUAAAUACAUAUAAAUGCAUGUUGAAGCUUAGUUAAGUAACUCUGCAAGGAUUCUUUUCCUGAGCAGUUUAUAAAUAAUAAUAUAUAUAUUAUUCUUCUAAAUAAUAAAUAAAUGUUAAAAGCUGGGCCAAAAAUGAAUUGACAAUUAGCUAUCUAGAGUUUAAAAAGAAGAAGAACCAGGUAUUUUAAAAUGAACAUGAGUACAGUGGUACCUCGGGUUAAGAACUUAAUUCGUUCCGAAGGUCCGUUCUUAACCCGAAACUGUUCUUAACCUGAAGCACCACUUUAGCUCAUGGGGCCUCCUGCUGCUGCUGCACCACCAGAGCCCGAUUUCUGUUCUCAUCCUGAAGCAAAGUUCUUAACCCGAGGUACUAUUUCUGGGUUAGUGGAGUCUGUAACCUGAAGCAUCUGUAACCUGAGGUACCACUGUAUCUUGAAUCCUGCCAGGGUAUUGAGAAAGCUAUCAGAACACCAAGGUAUGAGAGGCACAAUUAAGCUUAAUAAAUAAUAAUAAUAGUAAUAAUAAUAAUAAUAAUACCAUGCAACCAAAUUCUUUCCUUUGGGUUAAAUACACAAUGAGGCUAGGAAGUGACUCAGUUCUAAGCUAUUCUCUUGAGAGUGCUAAAUCAAACGAAACAUGACAAAAGUGAAACUUAAUGCAUAGCAAGUUGACAAUAAUAUGAAUUCUAGAUAGUGUUCUAUCAUGAAUUUGAAUCUCAAAUGUGGGCAGAGCUGACUCUGGUAAAAGCAUAAUCAAUUCAAGUCUAUAAACGGGACUGCAAUUUAGUUUGGUUGUUGUGGGUGAGGUUUUAAGUCUGCGGAAGUGAACAUGAAAAAUAUAAGUGAUUUCAGGCAAAUUGUUAGAGACUGUAGAUCGGAACAAGUUGGUUAAGCAUGUGGUUUAGCAAACGCCUGUUGACUCACAGUGAAGUAUGAUUUAUUUUAUUUAUUUAUAGUAAUGCUAUGCUACCUCAUUACCAAAGUUCUCCGGGCUGCAUAAUUUAAAUGGGUUAAAAUGCAGUAAAAAUGCGACUACAACAUAAAAGAAACCACAACACAGAUAAAGCAAUAAAAUUAAAGCACAGACAGGUCUUAAAACUUCAAAAAGCCAAAAUCAGUUUUGAAAGGCCAGCUCUCGCUUGAUGGUGGCCUCUGACAGUGACCUCAAGGUGUGUGUAGGAACCUGUGAGAGGAAGGGACCUUUCAUGUAACCUGGCUGAAAACUGCUGAGGUUUUUUAAGGUCAAAGCCAACACUCUGAGCUGGGUCUGGAAAAUGACUGGAAUCCAGUGUAGUUACAAAGCAACUGGCAUCAUUCAAAUCAUCUAGCCCAAGUUAACAACAUUGCAGCCCAGCUUUCUAGACUGUUACCAUAAUAAAGCAUCUUUCCAAACAUUCUUGUGCUCCCUAAUAAUCACAUGCUGCCCUUGUCUGCUUCAAAGUGAUUUUUUAAAAUAGUAAAACAAAAUUUUGACACACAGAAACUUUGUGAGCCAGAUCUUGAGAUGGUAUCUGUCUGCCUUAUAGCUGGAGUUAUUUGUGGUUUGGAGAAGUCAUGUCUGAAAGCUUUGUCCCAGGAUCAAAUAGAGCAGUGCUCUUUGAUUUACUGACCUUUGUUUCUUAUUGCAUGUAAGUGAAAGAAAGCUAUCAUUAGCAUUUAAUCCCUUUCACAACUAGGUGCAUACAAGUUUCGUAAACCAGAAUGCUGAUUUUGAUGUCUAUCCUCCCAAAGUUUCUAGUCCUUCUGAAGUAUUGCUCCUUGUUUCCCAUCUACAUCUCAGUGAGAUUUCAAAAGUUGUACUUCCCACUCUAGUACACAAAGAAAGGCAGGAGGGGGCAGCACAUAAAAAGCUGCCUUACAAUGACUCAGAUUGUUGGUCAGUUGAGCUCAGUAUUAUUUAUGUUGAUAUGCAGCAGCUCUUUGGUUUCUCAGGUAGACAUUUCUUCCAAGCCUGCUUCCAUAUGUUGCCUUUUCUGGAGAUGCAGGGAGCAGGAACUAUGACUUCCUGCAUGGAAAGUGAGUGUUCUGCCUCUGGGUGACCGUUCUCCAUAGUAGCAGUUCUAUCUCAUUAGCUCAGUGUUUUUCCAACCUAUUUCUGGCUGUGGUCCCCUUCCGACCUUGUUUCGUUCCUGUGCCCCCGCCCCAGACUUAUGGUAGCCGGGGGAGGGGCAGUGGGCAGCUGCCCCCCCAAAAGUAAAAGUCAAUACAAAUAUGAGGUUCUGCCCCCCUAACAAAAAUCCUAGCUAUGCCCAGGCCCCCUCCUACCGGUAGACAGAUAGUUAUUUAAAUGUUUUGUUUGUAAAUAGAACAUCUUUUAUUUAUAAUUAUUAUAAUUUAUGCAAAAUACAGUGGAGUAGAAUGAUAGGAACAUAAUAAAAUAUUGUUGAAGCAGAAAACAUGGAAUCAUAGAUCUGAAAAGGGACCCUAAGGGUCAUCUUUCUAGUGCAACCCCCUGCAACGUAGGAAACUCAGCUAAACUCAUCAAUGACAGAUGGGCAUCCAACCUCUGCUUUGAAACCUCCAAGGAAGGAGAGUCAAGAUCCCCCCAAGGGAGAGCCAUCUUCCAUGUAUUAUAAAAAAUAAACAACACUUAUUUGACCCCAGUUAUUUGAGAUGGAGGGGUAAACCUAUAGAUAAAGUCCAAAAGGUGCACAGGGAGUUCUGUAUAUGUGGGAGAAUUUUUAAAAGCAAGUGGUCCUCACUGACCUGGUGCAAAAAGAUUUGUCAUCCAGAGGAGCCCUGGCUGCCUAGAUAAAAUACUAUAGCCCCCCCCCCUUACCUGGGAGUAAGGCCCACUGAACUCAGAGUAGACAGUAGCAUCAGACGACCCUGCUCAGCUAGGCGCUGGGGUGGAUUUCAUCCUGCGCCUUGCAGAGCCGGGCCAACAAUGCAGGCAGGCCAGCCCUGCACCCACUCUGCAACAUCCGAAGACCCUGAUCUGCUAGGUGCUGGGGUGAAUUGCACCCGCCUUGCAGAGUCAGGCCCAGGCUGCCACCAGGCCCAGCACUGGCGGCAGCAACGAGCAUCUCUGGCUCACUCAGCCCCACUCCAGGUCACCUGAAGGUUCUGGAUUGGGGGCUCUACAGGUCAAAACGGGAGCCUCAGCGACCACCCUCUCCCACCAGAAACAAACCAAUACUGCUCCAAGAAAACACACAUGGCAAAAAGGAGUGUUGGUCCCUGGUGGGUCACCCCCUUACCCGCUUGCGGUUGGCCAAGCAGAUAGCCAGCCAUCAGGAUUUUUUAAAAAGCACUUUUAAAAUUCACUUCUCACUUCCUUCUGUGGCCCCCUAGCCUACUUGGUUUUCACCUGGGGCCCCCUUGGAAUAUCUUUGGGGCCCCCGGUUGGGAAACACUGCAUUAGCUAAUCAGAUGGGGUAGCUUCUGACCCUCAAAAUACCUGGUGUGUGAGACUAGAUACUUCCAUAAUGGAGUAUCUGUUACCCUGUUACCUUGCCAGCCAAGCAAGGGGCAUGUGAGUGUGUAUGUGCAUGGAAAUUGGUGUCCCAAGAAUGAUUUGGGAGCACAUGACAUUCACAUGCAGAGAGAUGUGCUUACCUUCAUUCCUAGGCAUGUAAUAAUAAUAAUAAUAAUAAUAAUAAUAAUAAUAAUAAUAAUAUAUUAUGUAUACCCCGCUCAUCUGGCUGAGUUUCCCCAGCCAUUCUGGGGGGCUUCCAAUCAAGUGUUAAAAACAAUACAGCAUUAAAUAUUAAAAACUUCCCUAAACAGUGCUGCCUUCAGAUGUCUUUUAAAGAGAAGAUAGCUGCUUAUUUCCUUCACAUCUGAAGGGAGGGUGUUCCACAGGGCAGGCGCCACUACCAAGAAGGCCCUCUGUCUCGUUCCCUGUAGCCUCACUUCUCGCAAUGAGGGAACCGCCAGAAGGCCCUCGACGCUGGAUCUCAGUGUCCAGGCUGAACGAUGGGGGUGGAGACGCUCCUUCAGGUAUACAGGACCAAAGCCAUUUCAGGCUUUAAAGGUCAGCACCAGCACUUUGAAUUGUGCUUGGAAACGUACUGGGAGCCAAUGCAGAUCUCUCAGGACCGGUGUUAUGUGGUCCCGGUGGCCACUCCCAGUCACCAGUCUAGCUGCCGCAUUCUGGAUUAAUUGCAGUUUCCGGGUCACCUUCAAAGGUAGCCCCACGUAGAGCGCAUUGCAGUAGUCCAAGUGGGAGAUAACUAGAGCAUGCACCACUCUGGCAAGACAGUCCGCAGGCAGGUAGGGUCUCAGCCUGCGUAUCAGAUGGAGCUGGUAGACAGCUGCCCUGGACACAGAAUUAACCUGCGCCUCCAUGGACAGCUGUGAGUCCAAAAUGACUCCCAGGCUGCACACCUGGUCCUUCAGGGGCACAGUUACCCUAUUCAGGACCAGGGAGUCCCCCGCCCACCCCCUGUCCCCCCAAAACAGUACUUCUGUCUUGUCAGGAUUCAGCCUCAAUCUGUUAGCUGCCAUCCAUCCUCCAACUGCCUCCAGGAUGCAAUUCUAAUCCUUUUGUGUUUGUCCUGUGCUACAGAAAUCUGUGACCUUUAUUAUUUUAUGGGCACAAGAGCAUACAUGGUACCUUACCAUGCUAUUCGAGGAAUAUUACCACUUCUAACUUUUUGUUUGCUGGUAAGUGGUGGAGGAUUUUUCUUUUUUCUUUUCUUUUUCUUUUUGCCUUUUCCAACUUCAGACAGAAAACUGGGGUGGGGGUGGGGAGCUGCAUUGUUGGGAGAGCUGCUGUAUGUCACAUGGGAGUGGCAAGUGUACAGAAAGUUCACAAUGAUAGGGUGGAGACACACUUUUCUAAACUGACCUCUAUAUCUUAAUUCCUUUUGCUACUUAGGCAAGACAGUAAGUCUGAAGAUGUCUCUGGCAGGAUCUCCGAAUCUGAUCCUGAGGACUUGUCUGAUGAAGAAAAUGCUGAAACUUCCUAUGGAAACUCUCCUCCUAGCACACCACGGCAGAAUAAGCGCUCGUCAACGAAGCAUCUGAAAAAUAGCGUUGGGAGACCUACCGGCCGCUUUUUAAGAGGUAUGUGUGUGGUACGCUGGAAAUGAUAGAAGUUGUAGCCCAAAACAGCUAGAGGGCUCAAAGUUGGCCAGUCUAGCCCAAUAUUGUCUACUCUGACUGGCAGUGCCUCUCCAGUGCUGUGUGGGCAUAGAAACCCUUUCCCCAUCACCUCCUUCCAGAAGGAUUUAAGUGGGAAAAACAUGGAUUGCUAACUACUAUGCUGUGACUCCUCCCCUAUUAAUAACUCUGAUAGUGGCUAAGAGAGGAGCCUUGAAUACAGUCUCCUGUAUAUUCUGUGGGACAAAUGUGUCUCACUGCUCCCCUGAGGAUUAGAUAAAUCAUUUUUUCUACAGAGCUUUGUAGUAAUAAUGCAGGUGCUUUCUCCAAGAAAUCAUACAGGAAGGUUAUCAGAACACCCUUCAUUGCCACUGUGUGCAUCUGUAUGCACAACAUUAGUAUUGACAGGUAUUUAUUUUUCUGUGCUGUGCUGAUGAUAUUAAUGAUUCUGCCCAAAUCUCACAUUACCGCUCAUACUAAUGUAGCUCGCAAACAGUACAGCAUGCUAGUUAGCGUUUUUUGUGUAAAAUAGCUGCAUUCUGUGAAUAUAGGAAGUCCAUUUAGUUUAUGCUGCUGUUUCAUUGUCAUCAUACUAAUUGUAAACAUUUAUAAAGUGCUGCAGAAUGUUUAGAAUACUCCACAGUCCUAACACAACAGAUUAGAGUAGGUCAAUAUUUUUUUAUCCCCAUAUAGAUAAAUGGGAUCUGAGGCUGAAAAGAGUGGCUUUCUACGACCACCUGGCAAGCCCAUAAUAGGUCAAGAUUUGAACUUGGGACUUCUGAUUUGUAGCUCAUUCUCUUAGCCACUAUGCUGAACCUGCUCUCCAACUAGGUUGAACAUAUAUCACUUAGUUCCUUUUUAUUUUAUGUAACAGGAAGAGAGAGUUCACCACCCUCUGUUAAAGCGGUUAGUGGUUCAGGUACAACAUGUAUAGUACGUAAUUUGUGAUUCAUGGCAAGAGCAGCACAGAAGUUUCCCCAGCAAUGCCUGAAGUACAGAAGAUUCAUGAUGCUGGAAAGUAGAAGAAAAGUGGUAGAGAUGGGAACAUAUACUGCACUGAAACCUCCACCCGCCCCUGAGAACAUUAUACCUUUACCUCCCCUCCCCAAUACCAGUAGUAUAGAACUCAAAGAUGGAGCAAACUGCUACAGCAGUUUUCUCCAACCCUCAGAGCCUGGUAGUUUCUGUGAGAGGGCAAUGGAUCUAUUACAAUUAUAUCCCCCUAUUGCAUAAGUGUGCAAAAAUGGUUGCUAAAAACAACUCUCAUUCUCUAUGCAACAUUUUCUUUUUUGAAACUUGUUAGGGCAGGGUUGGAUGGGGGGGGUAGGGGGAGAGAGCAAAAAUCCUCCUUCUCCCUUCCAUUAGACUUGUGCUCCCAGAAUUGCUUCUUAGUCACUCAUUCCAGCUGCCAUGUGCAGCAAAAGAGAUAAUUAUAAUGAGAAGUCAAUUCUCAUAAUUACAAUUAGUACAACAGAAUGUUUCCAUUAGCAUGGUUUCAGAGCUAAACCUAUUACUUUAAAAGCUCCACAGUAUCAUUAUGUCUGCCUUUAGUUGCAAAGUGACUCAGCAUUGCCUUGAUUUCAGGGAGUGAAAUGUGCUCCAGAAUUUUUUUCUGUGGUUGUCAGUUAUUACUAUUAAAUCUGUCAUGACUGUUCAGGAAAAUAUGAAUAUUUGAGUUGGUUGUGGUUUAAAUUGAGCCCCUAGAAAGAGCCCUGGGAACAAAGAAACCCCAGAAAUAAUUUGUGAUACCUAGAUGAAGCACCCUGACAAUCAUGACAAGAGUUUUCUUCAUAUCUUUAGCUGUCAAAGCUGUAUGGGAAGAAGUGGUUGUAUGGUAACUGGAACUUAAUAAAUCAGAGUUUUGCAAAUGCAGCCCGUGAGAACUUCUUAAUGCAGCCCCUGAGGCACCAGUGUUUAAUUACAUGGGAUAUGACUGUGCUGUUGCCAUACCUGUAGCCACAAAUAACAUUCUGCCACUUUACCUCUGGCUGUUGUUAAAGACCAGUUGGAUAGCCACUGAUUUAAUACAUUGCUUAUGACAAUGAACUUGAAAACAUAUGGGGUACAGUAUUUUAAAACCACUUGUGUUACACUGAGUUCUGAACUGUUUAAAUAAUUGUAAGGGUGUCUAAUGAAUAUGAACAGAAUAUGAAGUUUUGAGAGUAUGUGUCAUGUGUGUUUAGUACAUCACAGAACUGGAAUAUUAUACAAAUGGAGUAAAGAAAACAGGGCAUGAGUGCGUUUUUUAAAAAGUGAACUUUUUACUUUUGGUGCAAAAAAUUUUUAUCUUAUAAUUUUCAGAGAAGAUGAGCUCGCCAAGCCAGCUGUCCAACAAAGACAACGCCAAAACCAUUGAGAACACUGAAGAGCACAGCUAUAAGCAGGGGAAAAAGAUCCGAGCCACCCUGAGGACAACUGAGAGGGAUCACAAGAAAAAUGUCCAGUGCUCAUUCAUGUUGGACACGGUUGGUGGGUCCUUGCCAAAAAAGUCAAUUCCAGAUGUUGAUCUCAAUAAGCCUUACCUCAGCCUUGGCUGCAGCAAUGCGAAGCCUCUCGUAUCUGUACCUGUGCCUAUAGCCAAAACUACACGCCAGACUUCUCGUACUGAUUACCCAGCGGACCGCUUAAAGUUCUUUGAAACCCUGCGGCUUUUGUUAAAGCUUACCUCAGUUUCCAAGAAAAAGGACAAAGAGCAGAAAGGGCAGGAGAGCACUUCCGCUGUUGAGUUAAACCGAUCCAAUGAACUAAUUUGGCUUGAACUGCAAGCUUGGCACGCGGGGCGGACUAUUAACGACCAAGACUUCUAUCUGUACACAGCCCGCCAAGCCAUCCCAGAUAUUAUUGUUGAAAUCCUUACUUUCAAAGUGAACUAUGGAAACCUCUCCUGUCUAGGCAGUGGCACUAGUCUUAAUGGUACAUCAGGAGGACAGUGUAAAGCAGCUCAUGGUGCUAAUGCUAUGGGCUACUCUAGCUACCAUGAGCAUCUCUAUCGCCAGCGGGUCUCAUUUGAACAGGUAAAGCGGAUAAUGGAGCUGCUAGAAUACGUAGAAGCACUUUAUCCAUCUCUGAAGGCCCUUCAAAGUGACUACGAAAAGUAUGCUGCGAGGGAUUUUCAGGACAGGGUGCAGGCGCUCUGUCUCUGGUUGAACAUUACAAAAGACUUAAACCAGAAACUGAGGAUUAUGGGAACUGUUUUGGGCAUCAAGGAUCUCUCUGACAUUGGCUGGCCAGUGUUUGAAAUCCCUUCUCCUCGUCCAUUCAGGGACAACGAUCCAGAGGAUGAGGAGGAGGAGGACAAUAGGGGAACCUCGGGGGCGUGCACAGAAGAAAGUGAAGAUGAAGAACAAAUCUCUCAGGAGAGUGUGGAGGAACUCAGACAAGCCAUCCAGAAUAAUUUUGCCAAUAAGCCAAAUUUUGACUUUCAGGCACAGGACCAUUUGUCAAGAAAGCUUGACAGGCUUGAAUCUGAGGACGACUCAACCUGCUGGGCUGUUACGGAGUGCAGCGGUGAGACGGGGUGCAGCAGACACUGUUUGACCUCUAUUUAUAGACCGUUUGUAGAUAAAGCACUGAAACAAAUGGGGUUGCGAAAGCUCAUUUUAAGACUGCACAAGUUAAUGCACGGCUCCUUGCAAAGGGCCCGAAUGGCAUUGAUAAAGAGCGAUCAGCAGUUGGAGGUAGGUUCUGGGAGGAACGGGGGGUGGGGGUGGGAAUCGGUUCUUCACGCUGCUAAAAGAUUUUCAGGAAACUGUUCCUUUGUUUCAAUUUUCUCUUUGGAAACUAUUCUUCUGUAUAAUACGCACAUAGUUGUUUUGCGAUAUGCAAUGCCUUGUUAAUGAGUCAUCUUAAUCACUGCAAUGUGUUAAUGGAGAAGUAUCGUAUAUAAAAACCCAAUGUGGAACUCCCAUGUUGGCCUUGGAAGUUUGCAUGUGCCCUGGCUCCAUGUUGGCUGCUUGAGGUGCUGAGCCCAGUCUCUCCUUGAAGCUGCUUUGUUAAAGAACAGAGGGCUGAGGAAGGCUUCUCUUCUUGGCUCUCCCAUCGGUGGAUCUUCAGACCAGUUUCCUUCCCUCCCUUCUUGUUUGGAUCAUAGUUGUUACUUACCGCCCAUAAAGUCAUGGGCAGAGUCUAGAAAUGAAGGCUAGACUUUCAAAACGUGAUGCUUUGUGUACUGGUUAAUGUAUGGCAGAGUUAGGGGUCCAGCCCCACACAAAUGAAAUAGAAAACUUUCCUGUAUUUGUGAAGUGUGGGGAAAUAAAGCUCUUAUAGGAGUCCUUGCUGGAGCCCAAGUGAAAUGUAGUGCAUGCUUGGAAUCUGUUCAGUUCUGAAUUUCAGAAUACGGAUUGGCAUGGAAAUGAAACUUAAUAACUUAUUUCCUUUUUUAUUAGGUUUAUAUUCUGCCCUUUGCCCAAGGAGCUCAGGGCGUUGUGUGUAGUUGUUCCCCUACCCAUCUAAAUUCAUCCUCAAUGUUUUUUUUGAGGUGGGUUGGGCUGAGAUACAGUGACCAGCCCAAUGUCACCAAGCCAUGGUUUUCAUGCCUGAGUGGAGAAUUGAAUUUGGCUUGCCCUGGUUCUAGUCCAACACUCUUUCAUGGGUUGACACCAUGACACCCAUGGGCAUCCUCAUGCUCUCAGAGAUCUUCCUUUGUCCCUCCCCCUCCCUCCACUGAAAUAAGCCUUCUUUAGCUAAUAAAAGACUCUUUUCAAGGUAACUGUAGUGUGCUGGACAUUAUUGGGUGCAUGCAUUAUUGUUAGGAAGGGGAGAGUUACGGUAUGCAUGUGGGUGCGUAUAGCAGCUUCUCGGUUUUGUGGUUGCACCAACAAAUGAAGUAUGAGUGGCAACCCAUUUAAUCACUUCCACAUUACUCUCCCCAUUCUUUCAAUCUCUUCCAUGGCUACUGAAGUAUCAUUCAGAUUACACCAGAAUGUCUGUGUUCAUCAUGGCGUUUGGAGGGGGGUUGCUCAAGGACAAAUGUGUGUUCUGAAGAAGAUAAAGUCUGGUUUAAAGAUACUGGAUUUUCUUUUAUUAUAAUAUAUGAGUUUGAGCAUAUUAAUUUAUACUGUAAACCUUGUAUGGGAAUUGAAUUGAAAAUAUACAUGUGGGUAUGAUGCCUUAUUGUGCUUUGUAUAUCAAAUUGCGUUUUUAAUUUGAAUAACCACAGUGUAGAAUAAAAUUAGAAGGCACAUCAAGACGACCCUUGCCUUGAGACUGGAUUUGCUGAUCAUAAUUAUCUACUAUAGCUACUUUCUCAAAUUGUCCAAAGAAGGUUCUGCUACUUUUCUGUGCAGUUUUUUCCAUUAACAAAAUGAUCGCUGCUAGAAAGUUUUUCCCAUUAUCUAAUCUGCUCUUCUGCAAUACAGAUUUUUAAAAUGUGAAUGUGGAGAGAUGAGCAUCGCUGUUGUGUUAACUACCCAGUGAUGGCAUUAUCAUUGCUUAUAGAGUUCAUACCUUUCAGCUGUUUUAUAAAGAAUCCUAAGUCUUAUGAAAUGAAACCUCAUGGGAUAUUGAGAAACCUAUUUAACAAGGUCUCAUCAUCUAAUAUGAUGGUGAACAGUGAGGUGUAAAAAAGAAUUGAGGCAUUGACUGGUUCCAUUUUCCAAAUUAACUCACUUCGGAGUCUAGGAUUGGAAUAUUAUUAUUAUUAUUAUUAUUUAUUAAUUUUAACAAUCAGCCAUUGUAAAGGGAUGUUUAAUAUUGAAGUCUACUCCAGGUAAAUUUUCUUUAUUGUGGAGACAUCUUUCUUUAGAACAAGGCAGCUAACCUGUGGCUGUCCAGAAGAUGAUGUUGGACUCCCUUCAAUCCCAGCCAUAAUAGCCAAUUGUCAGGGAUGGUGAGAGUUGCAAUCCAACAGUAUAUGGGUAGCCACAGGUUACCAACCCCUGCUGUAGAAGAUACUGAUGUAGACUUUUUGCACUGUUUUUUACUUUGCAAAAAUUAAUAAUCUAUUUUAGUAUAUAGAAGGAUGAAGUUCACAUUUUGGCAAUGGUGUAUUUCUUAGCAUGUUCAUUCCUGAAAUAUUUUGUUUUCUGAAAUAAUACUAUAAUGAGAAGCAGUCAUCUAAUAAUAAAUGCACAAAAUGUCAGAAAUGUGUCUGAGGUAGUAUAAAGAAAAGCAAAUUGGAUGUUGCAUUUAUGAAAACUAAGACACUUACAGUACAAUCCCAUGCAUGCCUACUCAGAAGUCAGGCCCAUUGAGUUCAGUGGGACAUCUUCCCAGGUAAGUGUAUAUAGGAAUGCAGCUUUAAUAUGUUUAAAUUUUGGGGCUAGUAUAAUUACAUGUAACUGGCUUACUGUGUCUGUUUAAAAUUAUAAAUUUCUGAUUCCAGAAAGAUGCUGAUAAAGUUAUUUACUACUUAAGUAUGGUAAUUUCAUAUGUGAUAAUAUGGAAUAUGAUGUGCAAAGUAAAAAAAAAGACUUUGAGCAUUCUGCCCUUUCAAUUCUAUGACUAUAUGAAUGUUUAGUUACAUGAGCAUUUAUUUAUUACAUGAGCUGUUGUCAUGUUGCUUUCAUAGCCUUGGGCGUAAAAUAGGUAGUACAGUCAUACCUCGGAAAUCGAACAGAAUCUGUUCCGGAAGUCCAUUUGACUUCUGAAACGUUCAAAAACCAAAGUGUGGCUUCUGAUUGGCUGCAGGAAGCUCCUGCAGACAAUCGGAAGCCCCAUCAGAUGUGCGGCUUCCAAAAGAACGUUCGAAAACUGGAACAGUCACUUCCGGUUUUUGAUUGUUUGAGAGCCGAAACGUUAGACUCCCAAGGUGUUCGGGAGCCGAGGUACGACGGUAAUGUAGUAGUACUACUAGCAGUAGUAGUAGUGGUAAUAAUAAUAAAUAAUAAUUAAUAAUAAAAUAAUAAUACUGAUGCUAUGAACACAAACUUAAUACCAGUCACACUUAGAGGUGCAUUCAAUCAUUCACUGCAUACUAUCUCUUCCUCAGCUAUACAUUUUUUAAUUUGGAUGAACCCAUUUAGUAAUAAGCAAUUAAAAUGCUGAUAUCAGUGGAAAUGUGUACAUUAACAGGGGUUUCCCUUUCCUAAAAAUCCAAGGAGGAGCAAUUUUAUAAAAUGCACCUCAUUUUUAUAAAAUGAACAUUUAAAUUUACAGUUAGUAGCUGAAGGACAAACUUGUUGCAAAUGGCUUUUUAACACAUUGAUGUAGGUAGCAAUUUGUUUAGCGUAUUAACAUUUUAUAUUGCAUGUAGUGCUGUACAAUCACUUAACACAAGUGUUUUAGACAUUGUUUUAACACUAGGACUGUUUGCAGAUUGGAAUUACGAUGCUCAUUUUAACGUUUACAGUAUGGCAUAGAGAAACGCAACUAUCGCAAAAUAUCCCAACCCGUCCAUGCAGAUUUUUUAGAGGUGCCCUCAUGGAACUUCAGAUAUAUUUUGCUUUGAAUAUCAAUGCUUGUGCUGCAUCACAAGCUGCUUUUGAAAUCCACUCACUUAAAAGUGGACUUGCUAAGCAGCAUGGCAUGAUGCUGAUUUGAGAAAGCUCAAGCGCCCUGCUGGGCAUGCAAAGUUAAUUGUGUGAUUUCUCCUGGCUUGUGACCAACAUCUACUACUAUAGUUCUACAGGUCUGAAAGGAAAGCCUGAUACUUUGAUUGAACAAGAUUGUUGUUGUUUUAAAGUCAAUGUUUGGUGGUGGGUUUACACCUGAUAAGUUAUUAAACUGAAGGAGGGGGGGAAGUGUUUCAGGUUGUUUGUUACAUAGUAUCUAUUUUUUUGUUAGUUUUCAGAGUACCCAGAUCCUAUUUUAAGUUCAGAUUACGUGCAGUUGUCAAAUUCUCCGCCUUCUUCAGAUCAAAAGUGCAGUACUGUGUCACGGGAAGAGCUGAAGUCUAUGGAUUUGCCAUCUUUUGAGCCUGCAUUCCUAGUUCUUUGCCGAGUCCUUCUCAAUGUUAUCCAUGAAUGCCUCAAAUUAAGGUUGGAACAGCAGCCUGCUGGGGAGCCAUCUCUCUUGAGUAUUAAACAGGUUUGCCCAAAGUGUUUUAUUAACCCCCCUCCCUCCCCAGUCCUUAGCAAUAAGUCUUACAUUGUUCCACAGAAGGGAUGCGUAGUACGUAUUUAGAUUGGUGGUAAUAUUUUUCAGUAACAUAAAAAGAUACUUAAAAGACAACGAAGGCCAAUAUUCUAUGUACAAUUCUAACAUUUUGCAAAUAAUUCUCUGCUAAUUGCUUUACCAAAAGUUACAGUAAGAUCUUAUACCUCUUCUCCCCCAAAAGCCUACAAUUUUUUGUAAGCUGCUUUGAGACACAGGGUGAGAAGCAGGAUAUACAUUUCUUAAUAAAGUGAUGAACAAUUCAGAGGGAAGCACAGUACUGUAAGCUGCUAUUUCUCUUUCUUGUAAGAAUGACAACAAUUACUGAGGAUUCUGUGGAGGGCAAAUAUGGUUCUGUCUCUGCUUCUUUGCCAACUAAAUUGACUUAUUCCUUAGCUUCGGUAAAUACAUAGCCAUCAGCUAUAUUUAUUUAAUGGGUUUUAAUUCCCUACUCUGUUGCAGGGGCUUGGGUUAUAGUAUACAGUAAAAAGUUUAUCACGCCCCCUCCCUUCCCCACAAUUCUAGCAUUGUAGCAGGCAAACGUGAAAAUGUGAAGUUUUAUGGGUUUCUUAAAUUAAAAAAAGGGUUUUGUGAAAUGAUAUAAAGCAAACUUUUUAUAAAGGUGUGUGGGAUUUGAGCUGUGGAGAUCUGGGUUCAGAUACCAUCACUGGUCAUUACCAUUUGAGGCCUUUCUUGGAGUAAAAAGUGGCUCCAUGUUACAGGCUCAUUGUGAUAGUAAAUGAAGAAAGGUUUGUAAAACACUUAGCAGAGUUAAUGGUCUGUAGAAUUCAACUCUGAAAUCCCACCCACUCUACUGUUGUAGCUCUUGUGUUGCUUGGCGAUUUUAUGUCGUGUAGAGAGGGCCACAUGAUCUGUUAAAACCUCUAAAUUAAAUCUAUGAUUAAAAUCUCAAGAGAAACUCUUUUUUAAGCAUCCGAAUGAUUUAUUGCUUUUUAUGGACUGUUUCCUUGCAGCUAGUGAGAGAGUGUAAAGAGGUCCUGAAAGGGGGUCUGCUUAUGAAGCAAUAUUAUCAGUUUAUGUUACGUGAGGUGUUAGAUGACUUACAGAAGAACAACUGCAACAUCGACUCUUUUGAGGAAGACCUGCAUAAGAUGUUAAUGGUAAGCAAGCAAUCCUGUUUUAUAGUGGGUCACUUCUGUAGGCUUCUCUAUCGGAUUCUUAAUUGUCUCACCAUUGUCAGUUUAUUUUCAUUAGCUUCUCUAGUUGUGCAGGAAUUGUGUUUCUGUUUUAACUACGUUGUGCAAUAUAAUCAGGGGUCCGAUCUUGGAUGGUCCUGAGCUUUGCUCUUUGGAAGCAAAAACAGAGAUGAGGUGCUGAUUUUUACAUAUCUCCCUUGGCAUCUCACCUACUCCCUAAUACAUUCUGACGAUAUUCCAUUUCACAAAGCCACCAUCACAUUACAGGUGGGCUCUGUCUCCAUUGUGGAGUCUAGUGAAACAAUAUGACCUAAAUUGCUGUUCUUCCCUUUUCAAGGUUUAUUUUGAUUAUAUGCGAAGCUGGAUCCAAAUGCUACAGCAGUUACCUCAAGCAUCUCAUAGUUUAAAAAAUCUCCUGGAGGAAGAAUGGAAUUUCACCAAAGAAAUCACUCCUUAUAUACGAGGAGGUGAAGCUCAAGCUGGAAAAUUGUUCUGGUAGAACUUAUUAUUAUUGUGAUUCUCAUGUCCAUUUUGCUCAAAAUUUUAAGUUUUAUUAGCAGGGAUUUUUAAAAAAAGUUUUAUUAAUUGGAAAUCUACUGCCAUUUACAAAAAGUAAAGAUGAUCUUAUUAAAAAGCUAGUAAAAGUUGAAUAUUAAGCAGUGUGUAUCUGAACAAUUUUAAAAUUAAUUAGGUCCCCCCCCCAACUGCAUCUGACUGGGGAACAUUUAAUUUCAUUUAUUUUACAUAAACUUUAUUUAAUACUUUCAUAUCAAUGGCAUUCUAAUCCUGGAACGCUAUGGAAGUUUUGAGAGCCAGUGUGGUGUAGUGGUUAAGAGCGGUAGUCUCGUAAUCUGGGGAACUGGGUUCGUGUCUCCGCUCCUCCACAUGCAGCUGCUGGGUGACCUUGGGCCAGUCACACUUCUUUGAAGUCUCUCAGCCCCACUCACCUCACAGAGUGUUUGUUGUGGGGGAGAAAGGGAAAGGAGAAUGUUAGCCGCUUUGAGACUCCGUCAAGUAGUGAUAAAGUGGGAUAUCAAAUCAAAGCUCUUCUUGAUGCACAAGCCUCUUUCUGUGUUGUCUGUGGGAGUGACAAUUGUUUUUGAUUAUUUUGUUUCAGUGACAUUGCAGGAGUGCUGCUUAAAUCUACAGGGAUCUUUUUAGACUCUGGCUUACAAGAGAGCUGUGAUGAGUUUUGGGCUAAUGCUGAUGACAGUGCAGCUUCAGAUGAAAUCAGGUACUCCCAGACCUACAUAAGAUACACUAUCAUGUUACGGAUGUCUUUAUAUGCAUGAAAGAAGCAGCAUGAAUUUCUUUUAAAAUUGCAGCAGAAACCCAGUGUUUGUGUAUGCUCAGCCUAAUAAUGCUUGCAGUUAAGGGCAUGAAAAUAAUUUCUCUGCCUUGUUUCCUUAACUGUACACUUUGUCUUUUUGUGUAGGAUGUGUCAUCUUCUCAAUGCCAGAUUCAUUUUUAGCUUCUUGUUUGUACAUAUUUGCCUUCUGACUUCUUGUUUAGCCUUUUUUUAAUGUGUUCUUCUUCAGCACAUUUGAAUGCAUGUGCGACAAUAUGUUGAAAUAACUGCAUUCUGUUAAAUUAUUUGUAGGAGGUCUGUGAUAGAGACCAGCCGGGCACUGAAAGAGCUGUUCCAUGAAGCCAGAGAGAGAGCAUCCAAAGCUCUUGGCUUUGCCAAGAGAUUAAGAAAGGUAAAAAGAAAAAGUGGUUUUACAUAGUGUGCCCAGUUCAGCUGCAUUGAUAGGCUUCUUAACAGUGCAGUUUGAUAAACACCUGCCAUUUUAUUCUUAGGACCUUGAAAUAGCAGCAGAGUUCACAUUUUCUGCCUCUGUGCGGGACUUCCUCAGUGCCCUGAAAGCACAACAGUACAUGAAGGUAAAAUCAGCCUUGGGGCUUAAAGGCAUUAUUAUGCUCUCCAGUGUGUGGCGUGUAGAUCUUAUGCAUGUCCAACUACCAAGGUUAGAUACGUCUAGCUACCAAAGUACCAGUUCAUAGUGGCAUACUUUGCUGAAUUGUAACCUGCACUUGGAUCAUACGAUGAAGGGAAGGAUAAGAUACACUUAAUAAACAAUUUCUCACUGAGGGGGUAAACCUGUGUCUGGGUUGUACCACUGAAGGUGGGGGUCCAUGUGACUGAAUGCUGUUCCUUGGACAUCCAUCUGUGUACUUGGAAAGCACCUGACCUCCCUGAUAUACAUUGUGGGGCAGAGGUGGAUGGGAAGGAAAGGCAUCACCUCACUGCUGUGAGUUCAUUGCCCUCUUUUGCAGCCCACCAGUACACAGAAUGUGUCCCAUUGUUGCCAAGGCAACUGAGAGGUGUUCCUGUCUUUCUGUGCAUGUUGAUGGGUAAUGAAACAUGGGAAGACAGUGUGAUGCCUAGUGAUGUGUUGUCAAUACACCCUGGGGCAAGAGCAACACCACUUUGUCUUCAGUGUCAAUUCUCUGUAGUCUUGUUCCCUGUGUGAUCCCCACUGGCUAUUAUGCAGUGAUGGGGGAGACAACUGAGAUAAAGAAGCACUAGGUGGUGGUUGUGGGGAGGGAUGCAGUGCAAAUAGCCAUGGAAAAGGUGCAUAAUGGUGGUAGUCACUUAGCAUCUGUGAAACUCCUUUCACCCUGAGAAAAAUGAGUGAAAUUUUUCUGUGGUUCUAGGUGUUAAUAAUUUGGACCAUAUUGGUUUGUUCCUCAGGUACAGAUCCCUGGACUUGAAAACUUGCAGAUUUUUGUGCCAGAUAACCUUUCAGGAGAGAAAUCUAUCAUCCUGCAGCUACUUAAUACAGCUGCAGGAAAGGACUGUUCAAAAGACUCUGAUGAGGUUGCAAGCGAACCAUUUUUACUUAUGACAAAGUACAGAGACAAAGAUGAUGACACUGAUGACAGCUGGAGCACUUGGGAAGGACAGCCUGUCAAAAUUGUUCCUCAGGUGGAGACAAUUGACACAUUGAGAAGUAUGCAGGUAAAGAAUUUCUGUAUUAGUAUUCUUCUGAUUUGGUAAAUGGUAGUUAUUUAUGGACUCCCAACAUUUAAGAAAUGCUCUGCUUUUCUCACAUGUAAGAAAAUUGGAAAUACUACUAGGGUAGGAUCUUAGGUGCUUGAGAAUUCGGCCUAUGCAUUCUUCAUAGGGGUUUAGUUUGAUCCUCAUAUUGCAAAAAAGUGUGUAUUUUUCUGUCUUGAAUGGAUUUGAGAGUAGGGUAAAUUGUCAGGAUAGCCUUAGAUCAGAUUGGGGUUGUCAUCCAGAGCAUGGCACUUUGCUGAGUAGAGCAAUUCUAUUCUGAACAGCUUGCCGUAGUACAAAGGUAUUCUACCUUUUUGUAAAACCGCUUUGAGGUUUCUUCUUUGAGCCAGUGUGGUGUAGUGGUUAAGAGUGGUAGAUUCGUAAUCUGGGGAACCGGGUUCGCGUCUCCACUCCUCCACAUGCAGCUGCUGGGUGACCUUGGGCCAGUCACACUUCUCUGAAGCCUCUCAGCCCCACUCACCUCACAGAGAGUUUGUUGUGGGGGAGGAAGGAAAAGGAGAAUGUUAGCCGCUUUGAGACUCCUUUGGGUAGUGAUAAAGUGGGAUAUCAAAUCCAAACUCUAGAAUCAAGCCUUCUAUAAAUUUUAUAAAAUAAAUAAGAAACAAUGUUUGAAGCUACAGGAUGUUAGUAGAAAAUGUAACAUUGUUAUAAUAUUAAUAAGUUCUUGCACUUGUUGACAUAUUGGAGAAAUCAAACGGCUUUCUUCACUUUAGAAGUAUGAAACUAAUGUAUAUAGUGAGCAUAUAAAGUUCUUAUUCUAGCAACAAGAAGUGCAUGGAACUCUUUUCCUCCCACCACUCAGCAACACAUUUGCUGAAGUGUGCUUCUGCACAGACUUCAUUCCCCAACUUGCUGUGUGGAGGUUUUGCACCACAGCUGCGCAUACAACUGGAGUUGCUCUCAUCCCUCACCUAGCAGCCUCUGGUGCAUAGAGGGAGGCAGACAAUGCACCAAAAUAUGUUUAUCAAUAUGUAACUGUCUCUAAAUUGGUUACAAUGAACGUUGAAGGAACAGCUUUGGAAAAUCCAGAAGUACAACUGGAGACGUUUUUCAUAAAAUUAGCAAUUUUGUGGGAAGGAAAAUAGUACCAUUUAAAACAUGUCAGAGUUAAGUAUUUUAAAUUUCAGAAUUCACGGUUACAACUUUGGGAACCGUUUUUCAGCAAUACCAUAAAUUAAUCUUGUAUUCUUAGGUUGACAACCUCCUCCUUGUAGUCAUGCAGCCUGUUCAUCUUGUGAACCAGAGAAAAGCUGUCCAACAGUUUCUUGAAGGGCUCAUCUCUUUACAUCAGGAGCAAACAUCCAGCCAGCCAGUCAUUGCCAAAGCUUUGCAGCAGCUGAAGGUACGUAUCUUUCUGGUUUAUAUUCCUCUGGAUUGUUAAGCAUUCUCAGUCGCUUAGAAUUACAAAAUCUUUAAAGAGGCUGCUGAGGUCUACUUUUAAAUGCAAGUGAUCAGAGAAAGAUUGUCAUUGCAGUUUUGUGCAAGUAAGUUGAGAGUAAUUUAUACAGCAGGCUGAAUGAAUUGUAUGUACAGAUUGGGAGGUCGUAUGUUUAUGCACUGACACAUGAAGCAUAGCUUCCAAACAGAUUUGAAUAGUAAGUAAGAAACUUUAUAUCGUGCUUUAGGAAAACAGUAAAAUGCAGUGCUUGGGAAAACCUUUCCCUUAUAAGGCUUUACUAUUUACAAAUCACCAGUUUAUCCACCUGACUUCUACUCAGAGUAGAUCCAUUGAAAUUAAUGGACCUAAGAUAUUCAUACCCAUUAAUUUCUGGAUUACUGCUGUGGUUACAAAAGUCACUUAUCAAUGUUUGGUCCAGUGUUCCAGAUUUCUAGGGGUUAACCAGAAAAUUCUUGGAAGCUGGCCAUUGCAACCUGAGUGUAGGAAACUGGGUGUGGAAACUUGCAUGCACACAAAUAGUGGUUGGAUAUAUGCACUUGAAGAAUCUUAAUCACACUUUUGAUAAAGUUGGCUUUUGCGUAAAAAUCACAAUUUAUUUUUUAACAGUGCAAUCCUAUAUAUGUCUACUCUGAAGCAAGAACCACUGAGUUCAGUGGGACUAACUGCCAGGUAAAUAGGUAGAGGAUUGCAGCCUAAGGUAUCCCGUGAUAUAGCGAGAAGUAGCCAUUGAGGAUUAUCAUAAGGUUCCUGUAGAACCAUGUAUUACAUGAUUAAGAAGUAUCAAUUAACUAUGAGUUAAUUGUUUUGAUGAAUUUGUUGUUUGCUUUAUAUGCUGUUGUGUUUGAUAUUAUAGAGAUUGCAAUGUUCGUUGUUUUUAAAUGCUAUUGUGAUUGCUGUGAGACUCUUUGAGCUCAGCAUUUGCUAUUUGAAAAGCAGAAUACAAAUAUUAAAUACACAAAUAAUACUUCAGCAAAUAUUUUUCCUGUUUUCCAGAGUGAUGCAUUACAGCUUUGCAAUAAGAUAAGCGGUGCGAUUGACAGAGUUGAUCGCAUGUUCACAUCUGAAUUUGAUGCUGAGGUUGAUGAAUCAGAAUCUGCCACCCUGCAGCAAUAUUAUCGGGAAGCCAUGAUUCAGUGUUACAACUUUGGUUUUGAGGUUGGUUCAAGAGAAAUGUUUUGCCUAUUUUUUCCCAAGUGGAAGGCUUUAAUUUUAUUUCUUCGAAGUGAAUUUUUAAAUGGGUCAUGUUUUUUUUAACAGCCAUAUGAUUGGGUAAUCACUUUUCCCUUCGGAGAAAUAGCGUUGUGUAACUAAUAGUAGCAUAAUGUUUAGAAUCAGACCUAAGGGCUUGUCUAGCGUAGUGUUCCGUUCUUACAGGGGCCAACCAGAUGAGAAGUCCACAAGCAAGACAUGAGUGCAAUAGCACUCUUCGGCUUUACAUUUUAUGCAAAAGAACAAAAAUGCACAGAAAAAUAAAAACAAUAUAUAUUUCCCAUUAUAAGAAUGCUUGUUUUGUUUGAAAGUUAUGAAACAUUGGAGGCUGUGUAGCAAGCACACCACAUAAGAAAAUAGAAGAUCAUCUGCUCAGGUCAAAAUUAGACCCAUAUUCUCCUUUUUCAAGGGCUGCUGCUAAAUAGCAGUGUUCCCUACUGGGUUUCCCUUUCUUAUGUAUGAAAGGCUCCAGGGAGUUUUGACCCAACAGCCUUUUUAUUUAUGCAUAACUGCAGUUUUCUAUUGCAUUGGUUAUCAGCAGGUUUGUAUGCAAGGUGUUACAGAGACAUACCAUGCUAUUCUCUUGCUUUUUUCACAGGGUGGUAUCUUAACAAAGUAGUUCCAUUUGCACAAUUAUUUCCAUUUGCACAGUGGAUCUCCCCUCUCUCCCCUCUCUCCAUCAACAAGAUUUAGGGGAGAUGGGGGAACACAAAGGGAGGGAGGGGAACAUCCAUUGCACAGCCAGAAGUUCUUGUGUUAAUGAAGUACUUGGUUGGAUAUCACCCACAUUGUGUUUAUGUUGUACCUAUUGCAUUAUUGGAGAAUUUGUAAAUCUGGAUGCAGAAUUUUGAAGUUUCAGAAACACUGUUGUAGCAGUUGAAAAUGGCAAUAUUUAUUUCAAAGCCUUGACAGGUGAUUUUAAUAUAUUGCAGUACCACAAAGAAGCCAUCCGUCUGAUGUCUGGGGUAUUCAGACAGAAAAUUGGAGACCAGUAUAUCAGUUUUGCAAGAAAGUGGAUGAAUUACGUCCUUACUAAGUGUGAGAGUGGCCGAGGUACUAGACCAAGGUAAUGAUUGAGAAAUAACUAUUUUCAAUUUUCCUCCUUUCUGUUUUAUGGGAGCUUGUAAUAUUUAAACAAAGAGCAAGGUUGCUGCCUUGAUUACUUUGAAGAUUAUAUUAAUGCUAAAUACCACAACAUGGGUACAAGAAUAAGAUAUUUGAGGUAAUCCAAGGCACCAGUCAUUUAAGAGUUUUCAGAUAAACGUGACUCAUGAUUAGAAAACAAGGCUAGAAUUAAGGUUUGUUACACAGUUUAAUUAGACUUGAUUUUUAAAAUUACGAUAUGGGGAAUGCAUGCUAUAGUAGAUAAUCAGGAUGAUUUAGAAUAUAUUCUUCUGCCCAUUGCCUGCAUCAAGAGCUGCACCCAGCCUCCAAGGAUUCCCUUAUAAUUCACUAAGUACCUGAAAGUCAUGGCAAUUUGGUUACGGUUAAUUGUGGGUUCCCAAGCAUUUUGGCUGUCCUUACCAGGUGUACAUCCUUUUCUACAUGGCAUACACUUCAUUAUUUCCUUUGUUGUCAUUAAUUUGAAAAGAUAAUUGUCACGACUGGAGAUGUUGCAGAGUUUGGCCAUACUUUGCAUUGUGGACAUACUAAACGUCUGCGGGGAAACAGGGUUGUCAUCUAGAUCAGGAGUCAGUAGACUUUCCCCCUCCCUCCCCCCAUGCCACCUAAAUCUCUGGAAGGUUUUGGAAACCCCCAAAAUAGGUUUAGGAGGCACGUGGAGGAGGCGGAAGUCCUGUUGUGCCAAUGGACCUCAUUCCAUGAACACAUGUCCCACUUAGAGCUAUGUUGAAACCUACCUUAAGGGUGUUGGGAUUUCAGUAUUCUUUCCCAUGCAUAGCCAUAAAAACAUAGCUUCAGGGAACAGAGUCUUGAGUAGGCAUUGUUUUAGAUUUGCAUAGUGUUUAGAAAGGCAAUAUUUUUGUGUAGCAUGGCAACAGAGGUUGUUUUUCUCUAAAUAAACAGAGCUGCUUAUAUAAGUACUCCUGGUUAACCAGUAACUUCUUUCUGCACAACAGGUGGGCAACACAAGGUUUUGAUUUCCUUCAAGCCAUUGAGCCAGCAUUUAUUUCAGCUCUUCCUGAAGAUGACUUUUUGGUAUGUCAUUAACCACUCUCAUAUUUUAAGUUAACAAACACUAUUGGCUGCAUUUGUGACCAGAUAAGUUUUGCUGGUGGUUCAUUUUAUUCAUACUUCUUGAAUUAUAUAUGUUCCUAAGUUAUACAUUUAAAUUCAUUAAAGAUACUGCAGGUACUUAUUAGAAAAACGCGGUAUUUAUUGUUGCAGUGAUGUUAAUUUUCUAUCUUCCAGAGUUUACAGGCAUUGAUGAACGAAUGUAUUGGCCAUGUAAUUGGAAAGCCUCAUAGUCCUGUUACAGGUUUGUACCUUGGUAAGGCAGCAGCUACACAGUCUCUUCCUCUGGAACUUUACACCUGUAGUUUGUAGAAAUAGAAACAUGUCGUUGUAAGUGAAUUAAAUGUGUAAAUCUAAAACACACACGAGUCACAAUAAAAACAAGAACCAGCCAGUCAUCCAACUCAGUAUGUCGGCCUCCUGUCUUCACAAAAUGAUGACAACAAAUCAGCAGGAAUGGGGAACCUGAGACUCUCAGGACGUUAUUAGACUGCAGCUUCCAUCAUCAUUGACCAUUAGUCAUGCUGGUUGGGAUUGAUGGGAGUUGGGAGUCUUAACAACCUGUAAAGGACCAGUGUUUCCCCAUCUCUACAAUAAAGAAUGCAGUUUUUAAAGCCCCUCUAAAAUAUAAGAAGCAGCAGAUAAUCCAUCUUGGCCUACUAGAACAGACAGGUUUUCAGUUUGGCUUGGAAUGACAUCAGGGAGGUGAGGUGGCCAGAUAACUCUUCUCAAGGCACAGCAUUCCAAAGCAUGAGCACAGCAGCUAAUUAAGUCCCAUCACAUGUUCCCACCACAUGUUCCUUCCUGAGCCUCAGGAAUUGGCAGUGCCUGUCCAGAUGACUUCAGUGAGCAUGGUGGUCCCAGGGCAUGUUCUGAAGGGACAAGAGGCCUUGCUGAAGCUAAGCAGGCCUGGAUCUUGUCAGUGUGUGGAUGGGAGAUUGCUUACGAAAUGCACAUGUGCUGCUGUGUGCUGCUUAGAGGAAGAAAGGCAGAAAAAGAAUAAAUAAGUAAUAGGUGGUCCUUUAGGUGGUCCUUAUAGCUGCUUUCUACAGCAACUGAAGUUUCUGAGCCGCCCUCAAAGGUAGCCCCAUGUAGAGCAUGUAAUAGUAAUCCAAGCUAAGGCACGUGUGACCACGCUCACAAAACAGUGGUGAACAAACUGGAACUAUGUGGGAAAUAACCUUAUACAGAAUAUUUUGCAUUAAGUAAAGUUCAUACUAAUAGCAGAAAUUGAAUAGCUUUCCUGGAGAUUCUUCAACUUAGCCCUGCACACAUUGUUGGUGGCAAAGAACAAACAAGACUGAUCAAACCAUUGGUGGGCCUCCUAUGAAACUGGUGGGCUACAUUGUGCCGGGAGGGGCACGAGGUGUGCAGACCUGCAUGAACUAGAGAGGCCUGCAAGCCAAUGUGGAGUCUUGUUGUAUAUAGAGUGUGUCCUCCACAAUUAGCUUGCCUUUCCCUGCAUAAAAUGUAUAAGCAAGGGAGUUGCUUAUGUUGAGAGAUCAACAACUAUGGCAGGUACAGCUAUAAAGUGACAACAUUAAAAUGACUAGAAGUGUUCUGCUGAUACCAGGUUAGGAUCUCUCUUGCUUAUUGUGGUUGAGCUGGAAUGGCUCUUAAUGGACCUUUGUCCAUUAGGACAAAUUGAAGAAAUAAUGGCAUUAUUAUACUCCAUUAGGAGUAUAUUGAAGAAAUAAUGGCAGUACUUGAGGAGGAAAAGAGGAAAACUCAAAUCCGUGUUUUGCUUGAACAUCAAAGAUGCACUUGGAAGAGUGAACAACUUCAGUCCAAACAAGUCCAGGUUAAUUAUGAAAGAAUAUAUCUGUAGUCAAGCUAAAUAUUUAAAUAUACAGAGCAAGUCCCAUAAAUUGGGAGUUGUCUUGUGGCUUAAGGAAGCCUUUGUACUUUUGCAAAAUAUUACACACACACACACACACACACACAUUUUCUUAACUAUUUGUACGCUAAAUGACAUAUAAAUAGGAAUAGCUUACUUACUAGUGCUUGCUUUUCCAUAGCCCACUACAUCUCCUGGCUACUAGCCUGCAUAUACAUUGGGCUGACCAAUUUCUUAAGUCCGCUUCUCAUGGGCUGACAGGCAAAUCUGAAUGCACAGUGAGCCACAUCAGUUGCUAUUUGAGAAAGUCUCUCUGGGUCGAUUUCAUCCCAGUUUCUUCCACUUCAAACAAAUUGCAUGAACUGGACCUCCAUUACAAUGAUCCUGCAUCAAAUGUGACAUGCAUGUGUUGACUGUUCUCUUCAAUCAUCUGAAUGCCCUCCCUCUGCCUCUUUCUGCUUGUAGCUAUUCAUCGGAAUAGUCCCCGUCCUGUGAAAGUACCUCGAUGCCAUAGUGAUCCCCCAAAUCCUCACCUCAUCAUCCCAACACCUGAAGGGUUCAGGUAUUAAAAGCUUAUCCAGAUCCUUACUGCUUGUAUUCUAGAGGAAACUGGUGUUUCUGAAGUUGUUCAAGCAACUUUACCAUUUGAACCUUGAUGUCUGCCUUUAUCCAAAGGAGAUAAAAAAAAUUCCUAUGUGCCAAGCCCGCAAUACUUUCUCCCCUUUGAAAAAAUGCAUAAAACCCCACAGUAAUUUUCCUUAUUGUUAUGAGUUCUGUGAAGAAUGUCAUUGCCUCUCUGUAACAUCAUUUUGAUAAGUGACAUAGCCUUUCUCCUAUAUCUGAACAACUUUCUGAAUUUUAUUAUUAUUUAUUGCUUUCUUCUGUUCUCCAUGAUAUGUGAUUCAGUAAUAUGCUACUACAGUGCUGGAGCUAGAGGUUUGUUUUGUGUGUGUGUGUGUGUGUGUGUGUGUGUGUGUGUGUGUGUGUUAUAAAAAGCAGCAAGAGCAAGGCAGCUCUUUCUCCCCAUCUCUGUCCACCACAAUCCUAUCCUACAGUUUCUUGAACCUUCACUUGAACCUUCCCGCCCCCCAUUUUCUUGCUGACUACUUCCUCUCCUUCUCCUCAAAAGAUUGCAAACAACAGUAUUAACCCCCAAACAGGUGGACCCUCCUAGAUCUAUAAUAUACGAAAAAUGGAAACUUGGCUAUUGAUGACAAAUUAGUGGUAGCUCUAGCAAUAAUGUUACUGAUUUUUAAAAACAGUUUUAUUAAGACCCUCAGACAACUGAGAUGCAGAAAAUGAAGAUUCUGUUGUGCUGCUUUCUCUUCUGGUUUUUUAAACAUGCAUGUAUGUGCAUGCAAAUCCCUGUGAUGUUGCUGCUUCUGUUAAGUGUAGAUUAUGAAAGUUAGCUGAAUAUGGUGGCAUUUCUGCAUCUUGGAAAUUAGAGGGUUUCCACAUCAACUUGUCUAUGGACGUUGUCACUUCACACCUACAAAAAAUAUAUAUACUAUAAGAAUUACUAUACAAAGCCAUCAUGCGGAGACAGCAUUUGCACACAUCACACUAAAUCACGCUGGAGCAAGCCUCAGCAGAUUUCAGAUUUACAUGCUUCUCUCCUUUCCUCUCCCCUUGCAAAUUGCAAUGACAUUGGAAGCUUUUGCUUUUGCAUAACUGGCUUGUUUAAACAGUGAUACCUCGGUUCUCAAACGUAAUCCAAUCUGGAAGACCGUUUAAGUUCUGAAAUGUUUGAAAACUGAGGCGCGAAGGGCUGUCUGCAAAUCCAAUUGAGAAAACUGAAAAACACACAGCGGAAGCCGUUUGACCUCCAAGGCACGCUUGAAAAUGGAAGCAUUUACUUCCGGGUUUUCGAAAUGUUUGUCAACGAAGACGUUUGAGAACCGAGGUACCACUGUAUUUAAGAUUAAAUACAGUUCCAGGUCUCGACAAAAGGGCAAGCCAUGUUUAAUCAAAAGUGCGGCUCUGCGAAAGGAGAAGUGAGGCGACAGAGCAUGUGAGCCCAAAUAGCUUAAGAGUAGUGUAUGCCUGCUGCUACAGUAUUUGUACUCACUACACUUUUUGUUUACAAUUUUGUUUUCAGUACUCCACAUUUAUAAAUGGAUCUCCUUUUGCUUGCUGAAAACAAUCUAGGUCCUCAGUUGCAAGCAUAUUUUAUAGUGCAAACUGGAAACUUAAUCUACUUAGAGCUCAAAUCAUUUUACAGGUUGUUUUUUAAAAAACAAACUUUUCACAAGAUUUUUUUCAGACUACUGUUUUGAGUCACUGUGUUUUAAGAAUCCAGUAAAAAUGGACCUGAAAGUCUUUUCCUGAAGCUUUUCUUCUCACUGCAGCACCAGGAAUGUCCCAUGUGAUGUACGGAACCAUUGCAGCCCUGCUCUUAGUCGCCCCACUCCCCUCGGUGGUGACUCAACUCAGCCAAAACCACCUGUCAGCAGUACAAAUGAUAUCAGGUAGCUCCACAACAUAGCAGAUUCAUUCCUGUCCACAUCACUCAUAUAAACUGCUUGCAAUUAGAUCCUAGUAGUUCAUCAUGGUUCCAUUAUAUGCUCCUGGUGAUUACCUUGUUUCUUCUAAAAGUGUGAGAUUUUUUUUUUUAAGUGCACGUUAUGUUUAUCCAUUUUAAAAAGAUCUUUUUUUUUUUACCAUGCAUGCUUGAGAACAAUUUUUUAUUUAGUUUUAUUUUAGAACCAUUAAUGCAUGCAGUCCAUUUCCUUUGUUCCUUUGCAGCUUUAUAGUAGCUAGGUGUGACUGAACUAAUACUGAACAGAGAGCCUAUAAUAUGUACACCUCUCUUAAUUUCAUAAAAUUCUUCCCAUGGGCAUAUAGAGUGAGUAGUAAAACCUUCCAAGAAGAGUUACACUGGUGACAAAUCCACCGUAAGAUGUUUCUUUGGCACACUGGACAACAUGCAGUGCACAAAUGCUACCAUACUUCAUUUGUUCUUUUUGAGUACCCCAUAUUUCAGAUAAAGAGAAAACCCAGCAAAAGCAAAGCAACUGUGUCUGGUACAUUGAUAAUGUCAUCUUUAAUUUUAUUUGCUUCUCUGGACAUUGAGUUGAAUCCAUCUAAGCCAUGCUUUGAGAAGACCCAUUGAAAUCAUCUAACUUAAAUCCAUUGGUUUCAGUGGAUUUAUUCUGAGUAUGGUCUAGUUGGAUGAGACCCAUUUUAAAUUAGAUUUUCAAAGGUAUAGCAUUAUGACUUGACACAGGCUCUUUCUUUCUCCCAUUAAUAUAUACAUAUGUAUGUAUACACCUGUAUGCAUAAAUAUGUAUACCUUUGAAAUGUAUACUGCCCUGCCAUUCCUUCCAAUUGCUGCUGAUGUGUUUCGAUAUGUAAGAUGGCUCCAUUUUUAAAAAAAUGAACUCCGUCUAGUGGACAAGUUCCUUUGAUCUAACAGGAUUGUUGCCUGGUUUAUUGUAGACCAGCGGCAUCUGGCGCCUUCACAAGUGUUCCCCCUUCCCUGCUUCAGGAUGAUUCCUGCAUUGACUAGAUGACCUUCAAGGUCCCUUCCAGCUUCACAGUUCUGUGACUCUAUGAUCAAAUGUAAAUGUAACCUUGUGGUACAUUUGCAUGUACUGGUGCCAUUGCAUUUACCCCUCUCAAAUAUUAGUAGCAGCUUUUUUUUUGGAGAACAAUCAUAUUUUGGGAUUCCUCCCUCUCUCUCUCUCUUUAACCAGGAUGCAGAUCUAGACUAUAAACAUUUAGUUUGCUUUCUUAGUAUGUGGCUUUCAUUAACAUACAGAAUCAUGGCUAUUUUCACUUUAUUUAAGCUUUCUGCUUUUAGAAAAUGGUUGGGGGCGGGGAGUAAAAGUGCUAAUUACGACAGCAGCAGUGUGUGUUCUUUUAAACAGAGGCUCCAGCGUCCCUGAAAAUGAUAGACUGGCUUCAAUUGCUGCUGAACUGCAGUUUAGAUCAUUAAGCCGCCACUCAAGUCCCACUGAAGAACGUGAAGGUGAUUGCUGUCUAAAUUGUAAUGCUUCCCCCCUGCCAAAUUGUUUAUGCAUUUCUCCCUAAAACAAACAACCAUUGUAUUUCAAGGCCAACAAACAACCAUUGUAUUUCAAGGCCAGGUUCUUCUGCUGAAUUAUCAGUUUGACCUUCUCAUUCCCAAAUACUGUAGGUGUGAAUCUAUCGGCAGAUUAAGAUCUAUCUUUAUUAUGCCUUAUGGUAGAACGCUUUUCGUAGCAGAUCUGCUAUUGUAAUUUAAUGUAGUUGUUUGCAUCAUUUAUGCCCCACUAACAGUAAGUAAAAUGAGGAAUUGUAAGUCUGGAGAGUGAUCAGCUAACCUGCUAAUUAACUGCUCUGAUGAUCAAAGAGGGCAUUAACUAAAUGAUGAAAGGCAACAAGUGAUGAAACCAGGCAGGAUUCCUGCAGAGACUACGCUUGUGGAAUAAAUAGAGGCACCACUACUUUGAAGGCUGCGCUCCAUAAUUAGGACCAACCCCUACAAAUACCCUUACAAAUUGAUACUGAAAUAUCAACAUGUAGCAAGCAGACUCUGUUAUUGAAAGCCAGCCAUAAAUAUAGAAUGAGAAAUUGCCCUUAUUUUUACAGCUUCAUUAUGACUAAUCAGGUUAUUGUCCAUUCCAGACCUAACUUUUUGCUUAUUAAUCCUUUCAAAUCUACAAUUCUGUGGUUCUAAUGGGAACCUAGAACAUUUCAGGUUUUGACACUCUUUUCAGUUUAUUUCAGACAGUAAUUUUGGUUUUCACUUUUUGGUUAUUCUACAUUUAAUCAUAUUCCUAUGCACAGUUGUUUUUAUGUGUAUAACCUUCAAUUUCUAUAGAAUGAAUGCUUUAUAGCAUUGUCUCAUCAGUCCCACCACCCUUAUCCCAUUCAUCUUAAAUUCAUGGAGCCAAGAGGUUCCUUCUGUGAGUAGAAAGGCAUUUCCGCUUGAGGUGGGGAGGCAUCAGUAGUCUGUGGUGCCAUGUAACACUAUUUCUGAUAGCUUUCUGACCCAAAGGAGCAUUGCCUCCGUGGACACUGGGGGCUACUAAAAGGCAUUGCAUGGGGCAACCCAGCCCGUUUUUAUGGCACCGGCCCCUUCCUCCUCCACCAAAACAAGUGGUGCUUGUUUCUACCCUUGCAACUAAAUCGUCUCUAAAGAGUAUGCAAUCGAUCUCCGUGUUUAUGUAAAUAGCUUAUACUACUGUGGGGCCCUAAUAAUAGUUUGAACCAUCUUCAUAUCCUAACAUCAACAGGAACCAGUGCUAAGCAGUGGGUAAAAAUAAAUAAAUCAGUUUUCUGCUCUAUAUCAGUGCCAUCAGUUUCUUAAAGCAUUUUGUUUUCACAGAGCCUACUUAUCCAAAAGGAGACUCUAGUGGAUCAGCCCGAAGAAGUUGGGAGCUUCGGACUCUUAUCAGUCAGACCAAAGGUAAAGAUAAGAGUUGGCUACUUAGCUGUGUUCUGUUUUGCCAUGAAUGCUAGGUAUGAUUUUUAGGAGUGCCCUCAAUGCCAGUUGGUUUUGCUGUAAGCUCUCACCAAACUAUAUCUUCCUAGUAAAUAGACUUGUAUUUCUGUUAGUACAUCGCUUGUAGGGUUGCAAGAAGUUUUGUAAGGAGAACUAUAUGAAUUAUUGCAAAAAAGGGCUAAGAAGGAGUUUAUUUAAGAUUUGGAUUUUAUAGCAAUAACUAUUAAAAUAAAAUGCAAUAUCAGAAAGAAAGUUAGAAAACCAUUAGUCGAGGUUGAUGGAAGUCCUAGGCUGUGAUAGCCAAAGGUUUGUUAUGUUGUAUAAGAUGGGGUGUUACAUUUGGAAAACAUGUGCAAAAACCAAUAAAAUUGUAUGUAUGUAUGUAUGUAUGUAUGUAUGUAUUUCUGUUAGUAUACACAAAUGUGCAUAUUGGUGUAAAACUUAAACUUGACAGCCAUUGACAGCUCUUAAUUCUGGUGGAGGAUUCAGAAAGUUAUGGCAUUUACUGAAUCAUUUCAAGAACCACCAAACUAAACCAAAGAUGAAAAUGCCUUUUCACAUGAAACCGAGGUGGUACAGUAGCUGCACCAUAACCCCUCAGUCAUGCAUGGCAAAGGGUCAGCGGGAGAUGACAAUAGAUACUUGUUCCUCUCUAUUCUCAUUCAUGGCCUAAAUUUAAAGUCUACAAAGAAUGACUUAUGAGUUUUAUCAGCAUUGCAGCUUACCAUAUCUUAAACUCAUAUAGUAAUGGUUCUUUAUAGUCUGCUUGCUUUUUUUUGGUCUUAAAGUCAUUCUCUAAAUGCUGCUGAGGUUGAGAAGUUUGGCUGAUACCAGACAGUCAUGGAUGUAUGAUGCUGUCUUGUGUUAGCCCUCUACUGACUGUCUGAUUUGCAGCAACUCAUUGAGAUUUCAGGCAGAGAUUUGACUGCUCUACAGCCUGCUUUCCUUUUAACUGGAGAUCCCAGGGAUUGAAAUUGCAGUAACAGGACUUGUUCAAGAUUUUCCCCUUUCUUUCUUAAUUCCUAGACACUGCUUCCAGGCAGGGACCCAUGGAGGCAGUUCAGAAAUCUGUCCAGCUGUUUGAAGAAAAGAGGUACCGAGAAAUGAGGCAGAAAAAUAUUAUUGGCCAAGUUUGCAACACUCCCAAAUCUUACGAUAACGUCAUGCAUGUAGGCUUGAGAAAGGUGACUUUUAAGUGGCAGAGAGGAAACAAAAUCGGUAAGUUUCUGGUAAGCUGCUUUUCAGUAAACUGUAUUCCUAAUUGCAGUUUAUUUUACAAUACAUGAAACCCAAGCAGCAUAUUAAAUGCACUGUUGUUGAAGAUAGCAUCUGAUGAGUAUAAGUCAGUGCAGUAGUAUAUGGAGAAGCACUUGGGCUGAUUGCCCUUUCCCCCACCCCAAAUGUAUGAUCAUCUUUGUGAAGGAGGAUAUACAGUGGUGCCUCGCAAGACGAAAUUAAUCCGUUCCGCGAGUAUCUUCGUCUAGCGGUUUUUUUGUCUUGCGAAGCAACCCUAUUAGCGGCUUAGCGGAUUAGCGCUAUUAGUGGUUUAGCGGCUAUUAAAGGCUUAGCGGCUUAGAAAAAGGGGGGGGGGCAAAAAAAAAAUCGCAAGACUCGCAAGACAUUUUCGUCUUGCGAAGCAAGCCCAUAGGGAAAUUCGUCCUGCGAAGUGCAUUGAAAACGCAAAACCCUUUCGUCUAGCAGGUUUUCCGUCUUGUGAGGCAUUCGUCUUGCGGGGCACCACUGUAUAUGCGUGCAUCACCUGGUCUUCCAUUUCUGCGUAAUCACAGUCUUGUUGUAGUUUAUGGAUGGAAUCAGUUGAAAAUUUUACUCGUGUACUCAGUGAUGUGUGUACAAAUUUGCAUUUGUUACAAAGGAGGUUCUUCUGAAAUGAUCUAGAGGGGACUUUGCCCAAGCAGCUUUCUCUGUAUGGAAGUUCUAGCAAUUUAAACACUACUUGCCUAAAGCCUCAGUUUCAAUUAAUACCAUUAGAGGAUGAACACAGAAAAGUUACAUUGAGGAUCCAUACACAUAUUUACAGGAGUCAUUGUUCAUACUGGCAGAAUCGUGAGCAAUAUGUUCAGGCUGCUUACACUGUUAUUAUUCUUACAUUUCUGCAGGAGAAGGUCAAUAUGGGAAAGUGUAUACCUGCAUCAGUGUUGACACUGGUGAACUGAUGGCCAUGAAAGAAGUAAGUACUAGACUAAUAAAACACACUGAAUUUUUCUGUUUUCUGCUUUGUAUUAGCAGCAAUGUUAAUUUUAAAAAUCACUGUUUUUGCAGAUAAGAUUUCAACCAAAUGAUCACAAAACAAUCAAAGAAACAGCAGAUGAAUUGAAAAUUUUUGAAGGCAUUAAGCACCCUAACCUGGUUCGGUACUUUGGUGUUGAACUCCACAGGGUAAGCAAACCUCAGUUGCUGACACACGCAAAUAAGUUAGGUCUGCAAACUUUAAUCAGUUUAAUUUGUAGGAACACACAGAACCUUUGGGCCCCCUUUUACAUGCGACGUUAAUAUUAUCAAGUUGCAUUUCAUCACAUCUGUACAUGGUCAGUGGAAACAGUGGGUGUGUGAUAUAUUUCAGAACCAUAAUUGGGGAUGUUUUCAGCUAAGUCUAGUCAGAGUAAACUCAGGGAUAUCCAUGUUCCUAAGUGAAUCAUGUCCAUUAACUUCAGUGGGUCUACUCUGAGCCGAAUAACACCCUUCCUGUUUAAGAAUCAAAACUGGGUGUGAUGUGGAAGCGUCAUACUCCAGCUUCUCAGUAUCUUUUUAUGUGCUUAAAAGGAGUAGCUGGAGUGGGUUCAGUUUGGGAUUGAGGCUGAGCAGAGAUGGCCCUAACUGAAAUCCCUCCUCUCUGAAGCUGCUGGAGGUGGGGAUACAGGUACAGUGUGGGUACCCACAGCAAACAGCAGCAUGAAGUGGGUGGCAGUUUAGAUUUGGAACAGACUUGUUCUGCAGUCUGCUUCAGAGGGUAGGACUAGAAGUUUGUUGGCAUCCAUCUGUCUCGAGAGACAAUGGAGUGCAGUCAAACCACUGCAUUAGCAGUACCAAAGGGACCUCCACACCAACCAGGUACAAGCCUGGUGUGGAAAUUGCAAGGAAGCAGAUUUUGGUUAAACCUUAGCAGAAACUUAUUUUAAGAGAGAUAAGCAAUAAAACAGAGUGUUUUGGGGAGGUGGUUUUCCAAACCAGCAGAAGUAUUUAGUGGAGCCUGGAACGGCAUCUAUCAGGGAUGCUUUUGUUGCAAGAUUCCUGCAUUAGGCAGCAGGUGAACUCGAUAAUCUACAAAGUCUGUUCCUACUGUGAAAUGGAUAUCGCACCAUGUCUACACUGGCCCUGCAUAUUUUAUGUUGCAGCAUAGAGAGUCUUAUGGAUGUUGUAUGAGAUAAAAGCAUCACUCUUGCAUUAGGUAUGGUGGCCCAAACUUCUUUUGUCUGGUAUGCUUAGCAACCAUCUUCGUAGCCCACCACAGCAGACAGUUGCCAUUUCCCCCCAUACCAGCUGUUGCCUGUAUAGAACACAUCCGGGACAAGGUACUGUGCGGUGCAUCUACCAUUCCAGGCAAAAACACAAGGCAUUCGUAGCUUACAGAAGCAUGCAUAUUUGAAAGACUCUUACUCUGCAUACAGAAGAUGCAAUGAGACCAGAUUCCUUUCUUUGUUCCCCAACUAUAGGAAGAAAUGUACAUCUUCAUGGAAUACUGUGAUGAGGGAACUCUAGAGGAAGUGUCAAGGCUGGGCCUCCAGGAGCAUGUCAUUAGGCUUUACACUAAGCAGAUCACAACGGCCAUCAAUGUGCUGCACGAACAUGGCAUAGUGCACCGGGACAUCAAAGGUAAGCAGCACUUCUGAAUUCUUUCAUUUCCCUUUUUGCUCUGGGCUGAUCUGCAGGUUUGCAUUUAAAAAACAAACUUUGGGAAUAUAACAAAACUCGGGGAUAUAAAGCUACGCAAACCCCAUGUUAAUGAGAUUGCCCCACCUUUCUUUAUUUCCUUUCCCUCAUUUCAGGGGGUUGGACAAAAUGAAUCUUGGGAUCCCUUCCAGCGCUACAAUUCUAUGAUUCUAUUAUUUAAUGCAUAUUCUGCUUUUCCUCCCAGAGGGGCCUGGGAUAGCAAACACACCUGCAAUUCUUAAAAAAAAAUUUUUUUUAAGCAUUCUCAAACAGUUCAAACAUUCUACAAUCACUUACAGUUUAAAGCAUUAUAACAUAAUGUGUCACCCUUUCCCUUCUGGAAUAGUGCGUCCAGAACCUUAUUUUCUGGGGCCAGAAUGUAUUACUGGUGGUGGUUUCUGCAAUUGGUAGCCACCACCACGAGUUGUUGAAAUCUGCUCUGGAGGGUUAGAGGUGGCCCAGGAGAAUAUUGGAGGGUGGCUAGUUGAGGGGAGAGAUCUGUGAAAAAAUGCUGCCCCACCUCUGUAUUCCAGGGGAAUCCUCCACUGGAUCCUAGUGGAUCCCAUUCCUGGGGGUUAGGCAAGCUCCAGGACACUAAUUCCCAACUGUGCAUAAGCAUACAUAAAAGAAAAGUAUAUGAAGAAAUCAGUAUCUCUUCAGAUUUUAGGAGGUUGGGCACUGAAAAAAGACUAUAACCAACAGGCAGCUGUUCUCGGCUACAUAGCUUUGAUUAGCCAUUACAUUUCAUCAUUUGGAAUCCAAGUCACCAUUAGGGCCAGAGUUUUAACACUGCCAAUCAUAAACUAAGGAUUGGAAUGAAAUUCCUUUAUCAGGUCAGUGUUAUCCCAUGAAAGUGUUUCCCAAAUGGCUUGCUUUGUGUGUGCCAAAAGAUGGUAUGAGUCAUAGGUCCGACAAGCUGCUUGGCCUCUAGUUGUGGAGUUUGGGCAGAGGCUUGAAAAUAGGCACGUGCUUGGGUAAGAGUUGCUGAGACAGCCCACUGUGCAUCCAUUUGCAGUGUGAGGAGCUGCUUCUUGACGCCGGCACCUCUUCUCCUUCCUAGAAGAAUUGAGGGAACAGUCCUACAUAUUGCCUCUACAGGGGAGCUCUUGUGCUCUCAUCUCUAUUUGGAAGGAUGUGCCCUGACUAUUGGACCGACCCCCACUUUCCUAUACAUGUCUCCAUUGUAGAAGGAGAAAAAGGAAAUUGGGAGCUAGCCCAGGCAGUUGGGGAGAGCUGCCCGAAUGCUUCCUGUCCGGCUGUCUGGGAGGGAUGAGGGAGAAAAACUACAGGGCCACAUUCAGUUCUCAUAGCAAUGCUAGUUAGACUGCUUGGGGGCUGAGGUUCUUUCUCCAUCUCAGCUAAAGGCUUUAAGGGUGAUUGGAAAAAGAGAUUAGAUGCUCUUUAGCGUUUUGUGGGGUAGAGAAACUGCAGUCCUAAUGGCAGCUUCUCUCUCUUGUUCCUCCCUUAGAAAAAUGGUGCUGAGUGGGGGGAGGUGUGAUAACAGAUCCCCCCAUGUUUGGGGAGUUGAUGUGUGCUGGGUUAUGGAAAAAGGCUUUGGCAAAUGAAUCAAAGAAGUGGGUAUCUCCCAGCUCCUGGUUAUGUGAAAGACUCUUUUGGACCUAAAAUAAAGUUUUUCUGUUUCCACAAGUUGUAAGUAGAUACAGUGGUACCUCGGGUUACAUACACUUCAGGUUACAUGCGCUUCAGGUUACAGACUCUGCUAACCCAGAAAUAGUACCUCAGGUUAAGAACUUUGCUUCAGGAUGAGAACAGAAAUCAUGCUCCGGCGGCACAGCAGCACCAGGAGGCCCCAUUAGCUAAAGUGGUCAAGAAUAGUUUUAGGUUAAGAACGGACCUCCGGAAUGAAUUAAGUACUUAACCCGAGGUACCACUGUAUCUAUGCCUGGUUGUCUAGCAAGACCUCCAGACCAGUAAUUAGGGUGAUCACUCUAUAAUAAACUGUCUCCUUUGGGUUUAAAAUCCUGUCUAAUUUUUUAUUUAAGAAUCAAUCACUCUUCCCCCCUCCCUUUCAGGAGCAAACAUAUUUCUUACUUCAUCGGGGCUGAUUAAGCUGGGAGACUUUGGCUGCUCAGUAAAAUUAAAGAAUAAUACACAGACGAUGCCUGGCGAAGUGAAUAGUACUUUGGGGACUGCAGGUAAUAGAGAACAUGCCAAGGAAGUUUCCUUGUGUGUACUGACUAAAACCAAUGAAAUGUGUUAUUGUAGACAAUUGCUCUGAUGCAUUGUUUUGCUAUGGGCACGUGAGCUCUGAUGUUCACAUUGAUAGUCAGGUGCCUAGCCUUACCCAUGCUGGCUUACCCAUUCAUUUCAACUGGCACACAUUCCCUUGUGUAUGGGAACAAACCUCUUGACUUGAGGCCCUGAGGAAUCGCUGCCAGUCAGUAUAGGCAACUCCGAGUCUGACUUGUCAUGCUUCAAAGUUAACAUUUACAAAAAGGAUCAGAUGUGCUUUACAUUAUUAAAAUGCAAAAACAAAUCACUGUGUGGGUGUGUCUGAUUUCAUGCCCCUUCCAUCCCCCUCACCCAUCCCAUACCCUGGGAUGAUAAUACCAAUUUGUUAGUCAUGAAAACAGAGAGUGUGUGAUGCACUUUGGACAUUUAAUUUUUAAAAGAUCUAUUCCUAAAAAAUGAAUUCUAUUCCUAAAACUUUCUAGACAUUCUAGACAGCACUAGUUGUAUUUCAAAAAUCUUUAAAUAAUUUGCAGAAUGACUUUACCUUGGGAGCUCAUUUCGCACUUGCUCUGCAACAGAAGACUAAUGAAACGUUUAUUCCUCUCUAGUCAGAGCACAGGGAACAAAUUAUAUGUGAAACAUUAUUUGUUUUUGAAAAAGAUGAAUGGUAUUGGCUAAAGCAUUUUAUAUCAACGGCUGCACAAGUAAAUAAUUUGGUUAUGUCUAUCAGUUUUAAACUACAAAUCUGGUUUUGUAGGCAUCGGUUUAAAGUUGACAUAAAGUCUUAUUGUCGGCUGCUUAGUGUAAGAGAAUUUUAAAGAUGUGGAUUUCUGGCUCUGUAGCAGUCCAGCAUAACCACAGUUUUGCAAUUUUCCAUUGCUUGGGGCAAGUACAAAACUGGGAUGUGUAACUCUUUAGUUUAGCAGAAAAUAUCUGGAGGUGAUUCGUAUUAAACUUGUGAAAAUAUUUUUAAAGUAUUGACUACGUGCAUUUAACACAUUGUAACAGAGAGCUGAUGAUCAAAUAAGCAAUUUGUGCUUGCCAGCAAGACAAAACUUAUGGGUAACUUACUAUCUGUUGGACAUGAUUUGGUUUCUCAGAUGAAUCCCAUUUGUAGAAGACUCUUCUUCCUUUUGUUACAUAAUCUGAUGUGAUUAUCUGUGUUGUUUCAAAGCAUACAUGGCUCCUGAAGUGAUCACUAGAGCUAAAGGAGAAGGCCAUGGGCGUGCAGCAGAUAUCUGGAGUCUAGGCUGUGUUGUGAUUGAAAUGGUCACUGGGAAGGUAAGCGUUAUUGUGCAAGAUUAAGCCAACCUCAAAUACUCAUGAAGCUGUAUGGUAGUCUAAAAGACAUAUGGACAACCUGUGACCCAUAUGUGUGAAAUAGUGUUUCUGUAUGCAUGGGAGCCUGGGGGCAAAAGAUGCCCAACUUUGUCUAAAAAACCCGUGGCUGAAAUUGAGAAAAUUGUUGAGGAAUUGUACUUGGGGUUGUUGUGUUGUGUGUGUGUGUGUGUGUGUGUGUGUGUUGCUGUUAAAGUCAUAUAGGCAGGAGGACAAGGACUCAUUUUGGAUAAUAAAAUAAAAGCUCUGUUUUAUUUGCUCAGUGUGCUCUCCUCAUACAAAGGCCUGCUUUGGAUGUGGAUACUUUGGGUUAAUAAACUGUGAUGUGAAUAAGCUUUGUGCCCAACUGUAUUGACUCUUCUUAGCACAUCACAACAAGCCAGGGUGUCUGCAGUUCAUCAUAGCUUCCCAUUACAUCCAAAGCACCAAAUAGAACAUGCCAGCGUAAGGCUGUUGCGUAUCUCAGCUUGUUAUCCAAUGCCAUCCGUGAAAUUUCUCAUAGUGGAGAGAACAUAAUCAAGUCUGCUCCAUAUAUUUGUCUUCAUUCUCCUUUCAGUAAAAUACCUGUAUGUUAACUGUGUGUGACUGGAAGCACAAAUUUUUGACUGUCCCCACAUACAUAGAUCAGGUGGUAGUAUCAACGCGGAUUUAAUUCCUGUGUAGAAACUAAUAAUUUAUGAAGGAGCUUCUGUUUUGGGGGGCAUGCUGGACAGGAUACUAGACUGUUAAAUUUCCCCCCAGUUUGGAAUGUAGCCACUGCAUUUAUGUUGUGUAUUAGUGAAACAUCCACUAUGCUGUGCUCUGCAGGAAAGUCCAAAGAUAGAAGCACUCAAAAUAAUUGAACUAAUACUGAAGCCCCGUUUUGUAUUCAGCACGUGCAUUAAGCCAUCCCUGAGUUGUAGGGAAAUGUUUUGGGGACAGAACGUUUUGUUUGCUGCCAUUACCAGAGCCAAGAAAUACAGAAAACUCUCGGUUCUGAGCAUCUGAUAACUGCAGUAUAAAAAGCAGAACCUCUUCCCCAUCUGCUGAGUAUAAUUUAUUGGGGCUUUUACUGCUGUGUAAUUGUAUCCCAACAAUUUUCACUUAUUGCUGGAACACAUGUUUUUCAGAAUGUCCCGGUCUCUAACGUAUUUGAAAGAUAAUAAUAGGUUGUAAUCCACUACGGUUCUGUCAUUUCAGAAUGGCCAUUCUUUGCUUUGAGUGUUAUUCUGUAUCCUAUUUCAUUUUGGGCUUUGUUUCCCCAUUUUUGAUAAUGUAGACCUGUAAUCAAGUGUGUGUGUGUGUGUGUGUGUGUGUGUGUGUGUGUGGGAUUUAUGCAAAGAGCUGUAUCAUAUUAUACCCAUAUUAUAUAUAUGGAUAGAGGUCCAUAUAGUUGUUAUGUAAUGCUCCUUGAUGUGCAGGUUGAGUGUUAAUGUAUUUAAUGGAACAGGGAAGUAGCUAAUUUUCUAUAUACUGACAGUGGCGGAGCUUCAUACUUCGGCACUGGGGGGGCGGAGAGCAGGUGGGGCUGGGCUGGCACGUGUCCUGGGGGUGGGGCACACUGCCUGCAGGGGCGUGGUGCCCAGUGUGGGCAAGUGGGGGGCAGCCGUGAUGGCACCCUACCGGGACCGUGCUGCCGGGGAUGGGCCACUCCCCCCCCCCACUCCUCUUCCUCCGCCAGUGUAUACUGAUAGAAUUUUUCUCCAUAAGACUAUGCACUUGUUUAAAAUCCUAAGAGGAGCCCUUCUGGAUCAGGCCAAAGGCCCAUCUAGUCUGGCACCCUGUUCUCACCGUGGCCAACCAGAUGCUAUUGGGAAGCAUACAAGCAGGACCUGAGUGCAGUCCGAAUUGAAACUUGCACAGUAUGCUAUUCAAGGGUUUUAUGCUGCUCAUGGAGAAAUGCAGCAGCAAGCCUAUGUUAAAUCAAUUCAUUUGCAAGCUUACCCUUUCAACACUGAUACACCUCCUUCGUUGCAGAGGCCCUGGCAUGAAUUUGAGCACAACUUCCAGAUAAUGUAUAGAGUAGGGAUGGGCCAUAAGCCUCCCAUCCCAGAAAAGAUAAGCCCAGAAGGAAAGGACUUCCUUUCUCACUGCCUGGAAAGUGAGCCAAAGAUGAGAUGGACAGCUAGCCAGCUCCUCGACCAUUCAUUUGUCAAGGUUGGUUUAACUUGUUUUGUUCUAAUUUCCAUCAAGAAUAGGAUCGGGAUGUUAGAGAACUGAAUCUCUCUUCAGGUUACAAUUGCACUGGCCAGGAGCACAAGGCAGUUGCUGGAUCUGAUACUCUGAAGCAGGGAGUCUGCUAUAUCCUUGUGACUCCACACAGUUAAAACCCCUAAAAUGGCCAGGGUCCUAGAUCAUGUGGAGAGGCUAUGCACAUGGUAUUGCAGGUUUCGUGUUUCAGAACUUCAGCACCAACACAUGGACAGCAGUUUGCAUGUGGGCCUUCAAGAAUGCCAUCUAGAGAGCAGCGCCGUAAAACAUUGCCAUCUCCUUCACGUGGCUGUAAUCACAUGAGAGCUUGAAAAACUACAGCAGAGUCUUUCCUUCUUCCUUUAAGCCCUACUUAGACAUGUGAUAAUAUCAUGUGAUAUUUGCUGGCUUCACCCAUUCUGUCACAUCUCACUUGCUCAGCCCACGACCCUCCUUCUGCUGGAAGACAAAUGCUGUCCUCAUGUAGGAUCCCUGGCCAGUGCAAGUACAGAAGGUUUUCUACCUUUUCCUAUGUGUGGAGGGGUGGGGGUGGGGAGCCAGGAUGUCCCCACUUUCCUCUCUCACAAUUCUACUGAGGGUUUAGUGCCUUUAAAAGACUACAGAUAGCCAACCGGAGAGGAGAAGGAAGAGACAUGGAGUGCUUACUAAAACAAUUUUAAGUUUUAAAAGAACAAAUUAUUAUUAAUGGAUUUUCUUAUCCAUCCUUGACCAUGAGGUCCCAGAGUGAGUUGUGAUGGUUUAAAUAUAUAAUACUGAAAUCAGUUAAAAUGUAUCUUGUUAAAUCCCCCACGGGAGUGAGUAUUCACACCAGUAUACGUCUGGAAAAGCAACCCUAUGCAAGUGUUCCAUUUCCUCCCACAAUGGGGGAAAGUACUGGAAGAGGAGCAGUGUGUGCCCUUUCAGAGCUAGCUGCCUUUUCUCUGGGUGUUAAUGCCAGCCUAGUCUGUUAUAGGUUAUAGUGCAUUUCUGGUGAUUUUUUUAUCCACUAUGAUUGAGUUCAAUGAAACAUUAUUGCAAACAUUUAAUUAACAUGCUUAAUUCUUGGUAAAAUACUAUUACUAUUACUAUUACUUUUAUUAUUAUUAUUAUUCUGUUAUGAGCUGGGAAAGCAAACAUCUUUGGUGUUGGGCACUCCAUUCAGAAAUGAAAAUGGAAUGUUUUCAUGGAAUCAAAGAAUUUUAAGAGUUCAAAGGGACCAUGGGUGUCAUCGAGUCCAUCCCCCUGCAAUGCAGGAAUCCUGCCUACAGCCAUCCCUGGCUGGGCUCAAACUGCAACCUACUGGUUAACAUCCGAUGUCCUGACCCCUUGUGUCAGUGGUAACCACCAUUUUGCCUAUUGAUCUUCAGCGGGAGAGGUCUCAUGAUCAAUGUGAAUGAUCAUGUGUGUAUCUGAAGAAGUAUGCAUGCACACAAAAGUUCAUACCAAUAACAAACUUAGUUGGUCUCUAAGGUGCUACUGGAAGGAUUUUUUUUAUUUUGUUUCGACUACGGCAGACCAACACGGCUACCUACCUGUAAAUGAAUGAGCAGCGCUGUCUUUACAGAGAGCUGCAGAGCCCUCAUUGAACCUGUGCACAGUAGAUUUGAUUAUUUUUGUUUUCUCCCGGUCACUAUAACCCAUCCCAGGUGUGUACAGAUGAAGAAUGAAGUUAUGCACAAUGCGUGGCCUCCUGUUCUCUGGUGAAGUAUCUCUUAAUCACUACUGUAUGUAAUAUUUACAUAAAGACUAUGCUGAGACCCAGGAUACAGUUCAAAAGUUUCCGUGACUGAAGACUGCACAGGUGACCAGCGUCACUUCUACUGCUGCUCUCAUUCAUUUUCCUUUGGUGGGCGUUGCUCCCGGGACGAUGCCCACGAGUUCAAAGAAGCUGCAUGUUUCCGUGAAAGUGCCAUUACUACUGUAUAAUGGACCAUGACCUUAUUUUUGUUCCUUCGCCUCCAUUUCUCAUAUGACUGAGAACUGUAAAGUUAAUAUGUAGUAUUUUUGAACUUUCUAGGUUCGAAAAAAAGCAAAGGUUAGUGUUAUAUCAGGUAUUCUGGACCUUGUUUUUACUCUCCUGUUUGUUGAGUGCACUGACUGUGAACUUCUACCUUUUUUGUUGUUUUUUUAUUGGCCAGCUUGAUUUGUUAUGCAAAGGCUGUUUGAUGAAAUCUAAAGGCCUUUCCUCAAUAAAUUGUUUAUUUUAGGAA